UCCCUGCCUCGCCUCGCAGUGGCGUUGGCUUUGUGGCAGGAGAAAGCAAAACUGCACGGCUCCCCGCUUCAUGUGGUUUUGUUUGGAGGCUCGCCCAUUCUCACUUGGGAUUUUCUGAGAGAAAGCCCAGAUCAGGAGAUAACGUCUCUAUAUGUACACAUCAUCAGGGCUCUGUCCCUGCUUCCCUGGGCCACCUUGUGAAGACAAGGUGCCUACUAUCAUGUCAAUGAAGGCAUCAGGAAAUACACAGAGUGUUGUGGCACUUGAGGGUGGUGCUGCAGCGCUUGAGGUUGGAGCUGGUGCAGAUGGCGCAGUCCCCGAGGUGAGCUGGCUAAGUGAUGGCCAGGUCCUCUCUGAUGUGCAGAUCUCAGGCAGCGAUGGCCGCGCUGCACUGACAAUCCCCGCUAUGUCAGCCAUGCACAGCCAAGUCACCGUCACAGAAGAAACUGCUGUAUCUGCUACCAAGACAGAGGCUGUGGAGGUUGCAGAGAAAGCUUUAACCCAGCCAACCACAGAAGAGGCAGUGGUACAUCCUACUUUCCUGAUUGGUUUGGAUGACAUGACCAUCACUGAGGGAGAAUCUGUGACUCUGGAAUGUCAGAUUUCUGGCAGCCCCAUCCCCAGUGUGAUGUGGUUCCACAAAGAGUACAAGAUCGAGAGCUCCUAUAACUUCUGCCUUUCAUACAAGAGUGGAUGUGCCCGCCUGGUGAUCCAUGAGGCCUUUGCUGAGGACAGCGGCCAGUUCACUUGCACUGCAAGCAGUCAAGCUGGCACUGUGAGCACCUCCUGCUUCAUCACUGUCAAUGGGGAAUAUGAAGAUGAUAAGAAGAAGCAUGGGAUGACUUUGAAGACAGAGAAGACUGAGGCAAUGCAUGAUCCCCAUACUGAAGAUAUUGAGAAACACAUAGGAGCGGAAGAGCCCCUAGUAGUAAAAACCUUUCACCCAAAGCCUCUGUGGAGGUCCCCACAAACAGUUUUAAGUUUGUUGUCCGAUGAUAGCAGUUUUGUAAAUACGCUUGAUCGCAUGUCACUGGGUGACUCCCUGGGACUGGAAGGGCUUGUGGAGGGAGACACGCUGGUGGCCCCAAUCUGGACCAGGGUGGGUCGGAAGCUUAUUUUCAACCUGGAUUAUCAGAUCUCCCCGGUAGAUCUGAAGACUGGCCCUCUCAGAGGUCAGACUGGCAGACUGGAGGAUACAGAGGCAUGUGCUGACAUUCCAAUCAGUGAGCCUAGAAGUAAAUUUGACUCAUGUGCGUUUAGGGCCCCAGGUGGAACCAAAGGCCCUGUUUCAGCACCUGGACCAGAACCGAAAGAUGGAAAACCUAAAGAAGAACCUGGAAAAGGUAGAGCAGGCCUCCGAGCGAGGCCAACACCUUCCCCUGGCGAUGGUGACAGGGGGAGGGGUCGGAGGCCUGGGGCAGGGGGGGACAAACCCCCUCCAGAUGCGAAUCCAUUUGGCUUCCAGCUCAAGGCCGUCCCACUGAAGUUCACCAAGGAUCUGAAGGACAUCGUGCUGCAGGAGGCAGAGUCCAUCGGCUCCUCAGCCCUGUUUGAGUGUGAGGUGUCCCCCUCCACUGCCCUUACCACCUGGAUGAAGGACGGAAGCAACCUGAGGGAGAGCCCCAAGCACAAGUUCACCUCUGAUGGCAAGGACCGCAAGCUGGCUAUCAUUGAUGUGCAGCUGUCUGACCAGGGCGAGUAUACCUGCGUGGCCAAGCUGGGUAAUAAGGAGAAGACUUCCAUCGCCAAACUCAUCGUGGAAGAAUUACCUGUGAAAUUCAUGAAGACCUUGAAAGAGGAGAUGACUGUUCUGAGGGGCCAGCCCUUGUAUCUGACCUGUGAGCUCAACAAAGAGCGCGACGUUGUUUGGAAGAAAAAUGGAGCACCUCUGGAUGCCGUGCCUGGCAAGGUGGCUGUAAACGUCAUUGGCAUGCAACACAGUGUGACCAUCCAAAACAUGGGUGACGAUGAUAUCGCCCUUUAUACUUGCGAAUGUGGGAGCAUCAAGACGGAGGCAGACGUCAAGCUCAUAGUGCAAGAGGUGCCACUCAUGAUCGUCAGCCCGCUCAGUGAUGUGCAGGUGUAUGAGGAAGAGGAUGCCAUGUUUGAGUGUGAGGUCUCCAGGGAGGCCAAGAGCUUCCGCUGGUUGAAGGAGGCUGAAGAGUUGACCGCCAGUGAGAAGUACGAGAUGCUUCAUGAAGGGACUAAGCACAUGCUGGUGGUGAAGUCUAUCACUAAGGACGAUCUUGUCAAGUAUGUCUUUGAAGCUGAAGGUUUGAUAUCCUUCGGCAGAAUAGUCUCCAAAGGUAUUCACCUCCGGUUCGUCACGCCCAUUAAGGAGGUCACAGUCAAAGAACGCGAGACAGCAGAGUUCAAGGUCGAACUUUCUCAUGCUAACAUCCAGGUUACAUGGUACAGAAAUGAUGUGCGUGUACGCCCCUCCAAAAAGAUUCAAAUAUCAGAGGAUGGCAAGAUUCACACCCUGACCUUAAAAGAGGUGUGCAUGGAUGACACCUCACUAAUCAAGGUUGAAGCCCUGGGUGUUACCUCAGAGGGCAUGCUCAAUGUCAUCGAGGGAGACCCCUACUUCAUCACCAAGCUGCAGGACUACACGGCAGUGGAGAAGGAUGAGGUUGUGCUGGUUUGUGAGCUGAGCAAGCCCGCUGCUGAGGUGAAGUGGUUUAAAGAUAGCAAAGAGCUUGCACCCUCCAAGAACAUUGUAAUAAGAUCUGAGGGGAAGAAACGCAUUCUGACAAUCAAGAGAGCUGAGAAGAGCAACAUUGGCGAAUACACAUGUGACUGCAUCUCAGAGAAGACCAUGGCUAAGCUGAACAUUGAGGCGCGUGACAUCAAAGUAGUCCGUCCUCUGUACAGCGUGGAAGUGACAGAGACUGAAAUAGCUCGCUUCGAGGUAGAGAUAUCGGAAGCAGACAUCCAUGCUACGUGGAAGCUCAAGGGAGAGGUCCUCCACCAGUCUGCUGACAUUGAGAAGAAGGAGGAGGGCACCCGGCACAUCCUUAUCCUGUACAACGUCCGCAUGGACCAGGCUGGAACAGUGGAUUUCCAGGCCGCUAAUGCAAAGUCCAGCGCACAGCUCAGGGUCAGAGCCCGAGCCAUCAGCAUGGCGCGGCCACUUAGUGAUGUGACCGUCACAGCUGGGGACGUCGCCAUUUUCGAAUGUGAGCUGUCCUAUGAAGGCAUCACUGUUGAGUGGUUCCUCAGUGGCACCAAGCUGGAGCCCAGUGACAGAGUUGUUAUCCAUGCAGAGGGCAAAAUUUAUUCAUUGACCCUUAAAGAUGUGGAGCUGACAGAGGCUGGGGAGGUCAAGUUGACAGCUAAGGACUUUACGGCAUCGGCCAGACUUGUAGUGAACGAACCGGCAGUUCGGUUCACUAAACUUUUGGAGGACCAGACUGUGGAGGAGGAAGCAACUGCCACCUUGGAGUGUGAAGUAUCCCGAGAAAAUGCCAAGGUCACAUGGCUAAGAGACGGUCAGGAGAUACGCAAGACUAAGAAGCACGAAAUUGUUGUCGAGGGCAGAAAGAGAAGACUCAUCAUCCUAGAAUGCACGCUGGAGGAUUCUAAAACAUACACGUGUGACUCCAAAGACUUCAAGACAUCUGCUUUCCUAAAUGUAGAGCCUCCACACAUUGAAUUCUCAAAGCCUCUUCGUGACGUUGAGGUUAAGGAGAAGGAAUCUGCCAGAUUUGAAUGUGAAGUUUCCCGUGAAAAUGCGAAGGUAAGCUGGUUGAAAGAUGGCUGUGAAAUAAGGAAGAGCAAGAAGUAUGAGAUCAUCGCCAAGGGCUUCCAGCACAUCCUCAUCAUCAAUAAGUCCAGCUUCGAUGACGAAGCCGAGUAUGAGUGUAAUGCCAGGAUGGCAAAAUCCUCGGGCAUGCUCACUGUUGUUGAGGAAGAAACAUCAUUUGUAAAGAACCUGGUCAAUGUGGAGGGAACAGAAUCCGACAGCGUGAAGAUGAUCUGCGAGGUCUCCAAGGCCAGUGCAGAUGUCACAUGGUACAAAGGAGAGAAGGAGCUGCUGGAGGGUGGCAGGUACGAGCAUAUCGUCGAUGGCCGCAAGAGGAUCCUUCAUAUCAAGAACCUCUGCAUGGACGACGCUGGAGCAUACAGUUGCCAAUUGCCAGCCUCAAAAACGGCAGCAACACUCCGGAUUAAUGAACUGGCAGCAGAAUUUACUUCAAAGCCCCAGAGCCAGAGAGCCAUUGAAGGUGAAAAGGCAGAAUUUAGCUGCAUUGUUACCAAGGAAACACAGGAAGUCAGGUGGCUUAGGGGUGAGGUGGAGCUUACAGUGGGAGACAAGUACAACAUCAUCAGUGACGGCAAGAGGAAGAUGCUCAUUAUAAAGGACUGUACUCUUGAUGACAAAGGACCCUAUGUUGCUCUUGUGGGUUCCACCAGAGCUACCGCUGAAUUGACUGUGAUUGAAAAACUGAAGGUAAUGACACAGAUAAAAGACACACAGGCUACAGAAGGACAGGAAGUCAUGUUUAACUGUGAAGUCAAUGCCGAGGGGGCCAAAGCAAAAUGGCUCAAGAACGAGGAGACCCUGUUUGAGAGCAGCAAGUUCAUCAUGUUCCAGAAGGACACCGUUUUCUCUCUGAGAAUCAGAGAUGCUCAGAAGUCAGAUGAAGCCCAAUAUAGCAUCAUAUUGACCAAUCAGCGUGGAGAAAUUGCUAAGAGCUCUGCCAAUCUUGUUGUACAAGCUGAAGAGUUGAGGUUCAUUGAACCUCUUGAGGAUUGUGAAACCCAAGAGAAGAAGACAGUGAGCUUUACCUGCAAGGUGAACAGAACUAAUGUAACUGUAAAAUGGAUGAAGGGCAACCAGGAGAUCACCUUCAGCAAGCGAGUUGUUUAUAGGGUCGACAAGAAUAAGCACACAUUGACCAUCAGGGACUGCAGCAUGGAGGAUGAGGGUGAGUAUUGUGCAGUUGCUGGAUCUGACAAGUCCACCGCAGAGCUCAUCAUCAGCGAGGCUCCCCCUGACUUCUCUGGGCGGCUAAUGGACCAGACUGUCACAGAGUUUGAGGAUGCAGAAUUUACGUGUGAACUUUCCAAGGAGAAAGCUGACGUCAAGUGGUUCAGGAGUGGCCGGACGAUCCGUGAGGGACCCAGGUAUCAUAUUGAGAAGGAGGGCAAGAUGUGCAGACUGAUCAUAAAGGCUUGCCGACCAGAUGAUGAGUGUGAAUAUGCUUGUGCCGUGGGCGAGAUGCGUACCCGUGCCAGGCUCUUUAUUGAAGAAAUCCCAGUUGAAAUCAUCAAACCUCCCACCGAUGUAUUUGAACGUCCUGGUUCAGACGCCAUGUUUGAAGUCGAGCUGAACAAGGACAGAGUUGAAGUUAAAUGGCUGAGAAACAACAUGGUCAUUGUUCAGGGUGACAAAUAUCAAAUGAUCAAUGAGAACAAAGUUCACAGGCUUCAAGUAUGUGAAAUCAGGCCCCGGGACCAGGGGGAAUACAGAGUCCUGGCUAAGGAUAAGGAUGGGAGGGCAAAGCUGGAGCUAGCAGCUGCACCAAAGUUCAAGACAACUGAUCAGAACCUGGUGACGGAUGCUGGAAAGCUUUUUGUCAUGGCAGUCCCUUUCGACGCUUAUCCCCGGGCGGAGGCUGAGUGGAUCUUUGGUGACAUCAGUUUACCUAGGCAGAACAUUGACACAUCUACUGACAAGACGGAGUAUAGGCUGAAAGAACCAAAGAAGUCUGACCAAGGCCAAUACAAGAUUGUCAUUCAGAAUAAACAUGGAAAGGGAGAGGCCUACAUAAACUUAGACAUCAUCGAUGUUCCUGGACCUGUGAAGAACAUGGAUGUUGUAGACACUGCCGAUGGUGAAGUCAGCCUUACAUGGGAGGAACCAGAGAGUGAUGGCGGUACCAAGAUCAUAGCAUAUGUAGUGGAAAGGCGAGAAAUCAAACGCAAAACAUGGACACUAGCAACAGACCGUGCUGAUGCCCUUGAGUAUUGUGUUGGUGGACUACAGAGGGACAACCUGUACUUAUUCCGUGUCAGUGCCCGCAACCGGGUGGGCAGCGGACAGGCUGUGGAGACUGACAAGCCUGUCCAAGCCAAGAACAAGUUUGAUGUUCCUGAGGCACCACAGAAUGUCUCUGUGGGAAAUGUGAACAGAUAUGGUGCCACAGUGUCCUGGGAGCCCCCAGAAUCUGACGGAGGCUCAGAAAUCACAGACUAUGUAAUAGAGUUCCGUGAUAGGACAUCAGUGAGAUGGGAGGUGGCUCUGGUGACCAAGGCAAAGGACUGCAGUGCAGUCCUCAGUGAUGUCAUUGAGAAUAAGGAAUAUAUUUUCCGGGUCAAAGCUGAAAAUAAGGCUGGAAUCGGAAAGCCAAGUGUUGCAACCUCUCCAGUGAAGAUAAUGGACCCCAUUGAGAGGCCAAGCCCACCACUGAAUAUGGAAUACUCCAACCAGAACAGGACUUCCAUCAUACUGACUUGGGAGACACCCCUCAGUAAUGGAGGAAGCCCCAUUACUGGUUACAUCAUUGAGAAAUGUGAGGAUGGCAGUGAGAACUGGUUCAGGUGUAAUGCCAGGCUCUGCCAGGACCUCACCUACAAGGUGACAGGGUUGAAACAUGGACUGAAUUAUCACUACAGAGUAUCUGCUGAAAAUUCAGCUGGACUUUCUGAUCCACAUGAGAAGAUUGGGCCACUGCUGGCCGACGAUCCCCAUGUUGCACCUAGUCUUGAACUUGAUGCCUUUAAAAAUGGUCUGGAGGUCAUUGUCCCCAACCCUGUUGCAAUCCGGAUCCCUAUCACUGGCUAUCCCUUGCCCAUGGCCAAAUGGAGCGUAGGGGACAAGGGGCUGACAGCCGGAGAUCGUGUGUCCAUGGGCACCAAGCACAAGACCACAGAGCUCAUCAUCACCCCCAGCUCACGGCAGGACAAGGGCACGUACACUGUGUACCUGGAGAAUGAUGUCUCCUCGGCCUCUGGUGAAAUUGAAGUCAAUGUCAUUGCAUCCCCAAGUUCACCCAGAGACUUCAAGGUGUCAGAGGUAUCCAGGCAGCAUGUACACUUAAUGUGGGAAGCUCCUGAACAUGAGGGAGGAAGUCCAGUGAUGUACUACCAUGUAGAAAAGCGCGAGGUUUCCCGUAAGACCUGGGUCAAGGUUGCCAGUGGUGUUGAGGACCUGGAGUAUACCGUCACAGAGGUUGUCGAAGGCAAAGAGUAUUUGUUUAGUGUGGCUGCCUACAACAGAUGUGGUCCUGGAGAACCUGCUUACCUUGAGGAGCCAGUGAAUGUGUCCUCUCCAGCUACUGUGCCAGAACCGCCGGAGAACCUGAAAUGGAGAGACAAAUCAGCCACAGGGAUCUGUUUGCUCUGGGAGCCCCCAAGAUAUGAUGGAGGUGCUGCGAUCAAGGGCUAUGUUGUAGACAAGUGCCAGCGUGGCACGGAUAAAUGGGAACCUUGUGGAGAUGCUGUGUCUGAUCUCAAGUACCAGGUGACUGGUCUCAAAGAGGACCAGUGGUAUGCUUACCGCGUCAGAGCUUCAAACAGACUGGGCGCUGGCAGACCCUCCCGGGCCACGGAUGAAGUGCAGGCCGUGGACCCGAUUGAGCCCCCAGAGAUCCAGCUGGAUGUGAAGCUGCUUGCUGGCUUGACUGCCAGGGCUGGAUCCAAGAUAGAGUUGCCUGUUAAGGUGCUUGGAAAGCCAGAACCCAAAAUCACAUGGACUAAAGCUGACCUUGUACUGAAACCAGAUGACAGAAUCUCUAUUGAGGCAAACCUUGGGCAGUCCAUACUGUCUGUGGCUAAAACUCAGAGAGAAGACACAGCUACAUACAUCGUAGAGGCUGUGAACAGCAGUGGUCGUGCCACUGCGACAGUUGAAGUCAACAUACUUGACAAACCAGGCCCCCCAGCUGCCUUUGAUAUCUCAGAUAUCACAAAUGAAUCCUGUGUUUUGGCCUGGAAUGCUCCUCGAGAUGAUGGUGGCUCUGAUGUCACUAAUUACAUUGUUGAGAAGAGGCUUUCUGAAAGUGAUGAGUGGCAAAAACUGUCUUCUACCAUCAAACAAACCACAUUCAAAGCCUCCAAACUGAUGUCCCUAAAGGAGUAUGUCUUCAGAGUGUUUGCUGAGAACCAGUAUGGCAUAGGUGUCCCAGCUGAACAUGUGCCUGUUGUUGCCAAAUAUUCUUUUGAUACUCCUGGUGCUCCCAGUAGGGUGGAGGCAUCUGAUAUAGCCAAAGAUGCAGUGACACUGAAGUGGUAUGAACCUGAUGAGGAUGGUGGAAGUCCAGUUACCGGAUACUGGGUUGAGAGGUUUGACACAGAAACUGACAAGUGGAUCAGAUGUAACAAGCUGCCAGUGCUAGAUAUUACCUUCAGGGUGAAAGGGCUUCCGACCAAAAAGAAAUACAGGUUCCGGAUCUUAGCUGAGAAUCUUGCUGGAGCUGGGAAACCGAGCAAGGAAACUGACCCAAUUUUAGUGAAGAACCCUAUAGAUCCUCCUUGGGCACCUGGUCGACCAUUUAUUAAAGACAUUGGUAAGACCUCUGCCUUGUUGCAAUGGAACAAGCCAGAACAUGAUGGGGGGGCCAAAAUCGAGUCUUAUGUGAUUGAGCUGCUGAAGAGUGGAACUGAGGAAUGGGUUCGUGUGGCCGAGGAUGCGACCACAACGGAGUACCUUCUGGAGGGUCUGAUGGAGAAGCAGGAGUACUCCUUCAGGGUCAAGGCCGUGAACAAGACAGGAGAGAGUGAGCCCAGUGACCCCAGUGACCCGGUCAUUUGCAAAGAGAGACUCUAUCCCCCUGCACCCCCGCGCUGGCUUGAGGUGGUUAAUGUUACUAAGAUAAGUGCUGAGCUGAAGUGGGCCACUCCAGAUACAGAUGGUGGCUCUUCUGUGACCAACUAUGUUGUGGAGAAGAGAGAUGUGAGACGCAAGGCCUGGCAGACGGUGGACACCACUGUGAAGGACCUGAAAUAUACAGUGACGCCACUGACUGAAGGCUCCCUCUAUAUCUUCCGCGUGGCUGCAGAGAAUGCUGCAGGCCAGAGUGAAUUCAACGAACUAGAAGAUUCCAUCCUCGCCAAGGACACCUUCACUACACCUGGGCCACCAUAUGCUCUGACUGUGCUGGAGGUGACCAAGAGGCAUGUGGAUCUGAAAUGGGAAGCUCCCAAGAAUGACGGUGGCAGACACAUAACAAAGUAUGUUAUUGAAAAGAAAGAGAAAAUGGCCACACGGUGGGUAAAAGCUGGGAAAACAGCAGGGCCUGAGCGUACGUACCAGGUGACAGAUGUUGCUGAGGGAACAGAGGUACAGUUCCAAGUUUGCGCAGAGAAUGAAGCUGGUGUCGGGCACCCCAGUGAGCCAACUGACAUCCUUACGAUUGAGGACCCCACAAGCCCACCAUCUCCUCCACUGAACCUGAAAAUCACUGAUGCUAGUCGGCACCAUAUUUCGAUCACCUGGAAGCUGCCAGAAAAGACUGGAGGCAACCCCAUCCUGGGCUAUCACAUUGAGCUGGCAGAAGCUGGAACAGAGAAGUGGAUGAGAGUCAGUACCCGUCCUGUAAAGGAACUGCACUACAGGGCAGAGGAGGGCAUCAUCCCAGAGAAGAAAUAUGUCACAAGAGUUCGUGCAAUCAAUGCCACUGGUGUCAGUGACCCCUCAGAGAUCUCUGACAGCGUGUUUGCCAAAGACCCUGAUAGCAUUCCUACUCUUGAUCUGCUGACCCAAGACAUUGUGCUGGUUGAGGGUGAGAAAAUACAGCUGAAUGUCCCAUACAAGGCUGUGCCAAAACCCAGCUGGUUCUGGCAGAAGGACAGCGCAGAAUUAAAGGGUGACGACAAAGUUGCUCUGAGCUGUGAACUUACCGCAGCUCAUAUUGAGAUUGCUAAAUGUGCACCCUCAGAUGCUGGGGUAUACACUGUGACUCUGGAGAACCAUCUUGGAUCAGUCACUGGAACUGUCAAUGUCAAAGUCAUAGGCCUACCAGGACAGUGUGGAGAAAUAGUUGCAAGCGAUAUCACCAAGAAUUCUUGCAAGCUCUCCUGGAAGCCUCCAGAGCACGAUGGAGGAACACCCAUUCUCCACUAUGUUGUGGAACGCAGAGAAGCCAGCAAGAAGACUUAUGUCCCCGUGAUAUCUGCAGAGAAAGAAACAAGCUGCAUGGUUGUUGACCUGCUCUUUAAUUUGCAAUACUACUUCAGGGUCAAAGCUGUGAAUAAAGUUGGAGUUGGGGAGUAUACCGAGAUUCGCAACCCUGUGAUCAUAGAAGAGCAGAAGCAGCCACCAGAUCCACCCGUUAACAUUGAAGCCCAUGACCCCAGCUCUCAGUCCGUCACUUUGACUUGGCAAGCACCAGAGAGUGAUGGUGGCUGCACCAUCAUGGGAUACAUUUUGGAGAAGAUUGAAAAGGAUGGAGACAGGUUUGAGAGAUGCAAUGAGGACCCAGUACCUGGAUUUUCUUUUGUCCUGAAGGGCUUGAAUGAGGGGAAGGAGUACCAGUUCCGGGUCCGUGCUGAGAAUACCUGUGGACUCAGUGACCCAUCCCACAGUACUCCGCUUGUAAAAGCUGCUGACCCAGUGGAUCCACCCAAGGUCUCCCUCAAAGGAAGCAUGCUGUAUGGCCUGAGUGUCAAAUCUGGUGAUGAGAUCAAGAUAGAUGCUCGCAUCUCUGGGUCCCCGUACCCAAUGGUAUCGUGGUUCAGGAAUGACGAGGUGCUCAAACCAGAGACUGGAAGGAGGAAGCCAGAUAAGCCAGUUAUAAGAAGGAAGGUGAAAGGUGCUCCUCUUGAGCCAGAGGAACCCUACCAUCCAUCCAUUGAGGAGCGCCUUUCCUUUGACCUCAGCCAGAGGGGUGAAACCAGUAUAAUGAUACGUGACUCCAUAAGGAAAGACCAUGGAAAGUUCGUCAUUAAGGUCGAGAAUGCCCAUGGCUCUGCAACUGCGUCCUGUGACGUCAAUGUGCUUGAUAAACCUGGAAAACCAGUGAAUUUUGCCUUUGAAGAUAUCAGAAACACUUCUGUUGUUUGUAAGUGGGAUCCACCUGUGGAUAACGGUGGCAGUGAAAUCCUUAACUACAUCGUGGAGAAAAAAGACGCCACAAAGGAUGACACUGGAUGGGUCAACAUAUCCUCAGCUGUGAAGGGCUGCACUGUUCCCGUGACUAAUCUCAUUGAAGGGAAGGAGUACAUCUUCCGAGUCACUGGGGAAAAUAAAUUUGGUCCUGGACCUCCUUGUUACUCGACAAAACUUUUGGCUAAAAAUGAGUUUGAACCACCUGAGGCCCCCAACAUGCCAAAAACUGUGGAUGUUACUGCUAACAGCAUGUUAGUCACUUGGCAUGAGCCUAAAGAUAAUGGUAGUCCCAUCCUGGGAUACUGGAUAGAGAGAAAAGAAAUUAGCAGCAAAAACUGGACCAGGGUGAACCGCAGCCUGCUUAAUUCUUUGGAAGUCAGGGCUGAAGGUCUCAUGGAAGGCUUGACCUAUGUAUUCCGAGUCUGUGCUGAGAACUUAGCUGGUUCUGGAAACUUCAGUGUCCCUACAGACCCCAGUAUUGCACAAGACCCUAUCUUACAACCUGGUCCACCUGUUCCAAGUAUUGUUGACACAACUAACUCUACCAUUGAUGUGCGAUGGGACCCUCCCUUGUUCAAUGGUGGUGGAGACAUUCUUGGGUAUCAUGUUGAGAAAACUGUGGUAGGAGAAAAAGUCUGGUCCCGAUCAACAGAAAGGCUCUGCAAAGACCGCAAGUUUACUCUAACAGGGCUCACAGAGGGAGCUGAUUACAUUGUGCGUGUCAUGGCUGUCAAUGAUGCCGGUGAAGGAGUUCCUGGCCUGACUGAUACUGUCACAGUAAAAGAACCUCAAGAGACUCCAAAUGUUGAUUUUGACUUGACUGUGAAAAACAGUGUCAUUAUCCGGGCUGGGGAAUCACUAAGGCUGAUUGCUCACAUUACGGGCCGGCCAACCCCUGAGGUGCAGUGGGUAAAAGAGGAUGGGGAGCUGGACAAAGAGCGUGUUGUCAUAGAAACCGAAGGAAAGACCAGCGUACUUAUGAUCAAGGAUGCCUUGAGGACAGAUUAUGGCAAGUACAAGGUUACUGGCACAAACGCAAGUGGAACCACUACUGCAGAAACAAGAGUGGAUGUCAUGGAUGUCCCAGGGCCUGUGCUGGAUCUGAAGCCUGUGGUUGUAACCAAAAGGAUGAUUUUAAUGAGCUGGGCCGAUCCUAUUGACAAUGGUGGAAGUGAUAUCAUUGGCUAUGUUGUUGAAAGGAAAGAUGCAAAAAUGCAUAUAUUUAGACAGCCUCUUGAAACUUCUACAAGUAAAUGUGAGAUUGUUGGGCUGCUUGAAGGAGAGGAGUACAUGUUCCGAGUUGUGGCAAAGAACAAGUAUGGCAAUGGACCCCCAUGUGAUCUGGGUCCUAUUCUUGCUGUGGAUCCAAUAGGUACCCCAUCUGCCCCUGACAGAUUCCAUUACACUGAAAGGACCAAGUCAUCAGUUACUUUAUCCUGGAAUCCACCUCGUAGUGAUGGGGGAAGUCCUAUUCAUGGAUACUAUGUUGAGAAAAGAAGACAAGAUGGAGGAGAGUUUGAGAUUGCAAACCAUCAGAUGUGCAGGGACACUGUUUUAACAAUAGAAAACCUCAAAGAAUAUGAAACAUAUGACUUCCGUGUAAAGGCAGUUAAUGAGGUUGGGAAUGGUGAACCCUCACAAGAACUCACUACCACGAUUCAAGAUGAUGAAGUUGGUCCAUUAGUGACACUGCUGAAACAGAUCAAGGGAAAUACCCUUAUUGUGAAGAAUGGCGAUCCCACUGAAAUUUCUGCGGAGGUGACUGGUCUCCCAUUGCCCAAGAUUGAAUGGCUCAAAGAUGGGGUGGUCAUUGAGCAACCAAGUGAAAUCGUUUUGAUCAAAACAGAGGAGGUGCAACGGAUGAAAGUUACAACUAAGUUAAGCAUGCCAGCAACAGGAAGAAUGGAUAAAGGCUUCUACACUCUUUCUGCCUCCAACUCCCAUGGCACGGCUAUUCAGAACAUAAGGGUUAUCAUAUACGACUGCCCCUUGCCACCACGAAACAUUGUAGUAUCUGAUAUCAAAGCUGAAUCCUGCUAUCUCACCUGGGAUGCACCAGAAGAUAAUGGAAGCAGUGACAUGACGAACUAUAUCAUUGAUAAGAGGGAUGCCAGCAAGAAGAAGUCAGAUUGGGAGGAUGUCACCAGCUGUGUUAUUGACAGGCGAUAUGCGAUUUCCAAACUUGAACCCAACGGAACUUACCAAUUCAGAAUCCGAGCCGAAAACAAGUAUGGAAUAAGUGAUGGCUGUGAGUCUGAGAAAGUUGUUCUGAAGGAUCCGUUUGGCUUUCCUGGUCCACCGUUAAAUGCCCGGAUCGUUUCACGUACUCGGAAUUCCAUGCUGGUACGGUGGGAGCCCCCCAAGGACAACGGUGGUUCUACCGUCCAAGGCUAUUGGUUGGAGAAGAGAGAGCGUGGAGCUGUUUACUGGAGUCGUGUGAACAGGGCCCCAGUCACUAAGCCAGCAGUGAAAGGUCUGGAAUUCAACGUCCUGCGGCUCAUUGAGGGCAUCGAGUAUCAGUUCCGUGUCAUGGCCUGCAAUGCUGCUGGCAUUGGGCCCCACAGUGAAGCAACUGAAUUUGCAUUUGCGAUUGAUCCACGCAAUGUUCCUGGUACACCAUCAUCACCUGAAGUUGCAACCAAAACUAGUGACAGUGUCACACUUGUCUGGAGUGCACCAGAUAAAGAUGGUGGCAGCCCCAUUCAAGGCUAUGUCAUUGAGAUUCAGGACGAGGGCGCAACAGAGUGGAAGAGGUUGAAUGAGCCAGACAAGAUGAGCCUUACCACCCAAUUUACUGUGCCAAAUCUUGAAGAGAACAAAGAAUGCAGGUUCAGGAUUAUUGCGGUCAAUGCUGUUGGUGAAUCUGACCCCAGUGCCAGAUCUAAUGCUGUGGUUGUCCAGGACAUCCAAGAGGAUCCAGUUGUCACACUAGAUGUCAGUUCCCAAGAUCUGUUGUCCUGCCGGGCUGGAUCUACCAUCAGAAUCCCAGUAGUUAUCCAGGGAAGACCUGUUCCCAAAGUUAGAUGGGAGUUUGAAGGUGCUACAAAGACUGAGAAGAAGAAUGAUAUUCAUACACUUUCAAUGGAUUCAGAGGUUCAAUCGACUGACACCACAUCAACUUUAAUCAUCCCAGAGAGUAAGUUAAGUCAUUCUGGCAGGUACAUCAUCACAGCUGAAAACAAAGCUGGACAGAAAGUUGUUAAAGUCAGAGUUAACGUCAUUGAUUUGCCUGGACCACCAAGGGAAAUUAAAGUUAGUGAUAUCACAAGAGGCUCAUGCAGACUUACCUGGAAACCUCCUGUCAAUGAUGGUGGUAUGAGAAUUAUGAGUUACUUUAUUGAGAAGAAAACAGUGGAGGGAAAGGCCUGGACAAAAGUGAACCCAGCAUGUGCCACUCAGUCCUUUGUGGUGCCAGAUCUCAUUGCUGGUCAGGAUUACCUGUUCCGCAUCCGUGCAGAGAACAACCUUGGCCUUGGGCCGCACAUUGACACCAUCCAGAGGACAACAGCCAGGGACCCCAUCCAUCCUCCGGAUGCUCCUACAAGAGUUAAGAUCAGGGAGGUGACCAAGAGCACAGUAACUCUGACAUGGAAGGCACCCAAGAAUGAUGGCGGUGCCCCUGUAACACACUACAAUGUUGAGCGUCUCUACUGGGAUGCCUCUGGGACACAAAAGGAGACCUGGAGACAAUGCAACAGGCGUGACAUUGAGGAGACCACUUUCAAGGUUGAAGACCUCAACGAAGGAGGGGAAUAUGAGUUCCGUGUCAAGGCUGUGAAUGAUGCUGGUUCUAGCAAACCAUCCUCCACCGCUGGACCAGUCACUGUCAAAGACCAAACAUGUACACCUUCUAUUGAGCUUGAUGAAUUCAUGGAAGUGGAACAGGGGAAUGACAUCAGCAUAGUUGCUAAAAUUAGGGGUUGCCCUUUCCCCACCAUCAUGUGGCAGAAGGCCCCACCACAUCGGGCUGAUGAUAAAGCUGAUGUGCAAUAUGACGAACAUAUCAACAAACUGGUGUCAGACAGUAGCUGCACAUUGCUGAUCCAGCAGGGAACCAGAGCAGACACUGGCUUAUAUACCAUCACAGCCAAGAACAACCUCGGGAUUGCCUCCAAAGAAAUGAGACUCAACGUGUUAGGGCGCCCUGGAGCACCGUCAGCACCCAUAAAAUUUGAGGAAGUGUCUGCUGACAAGAUUUCUUUGUCCUGGCUUCCCCCGAAGGAUGAUGGGGGUUCAAAGGUCACCAACUAUGUAAUUGAGAAGCGGGUGGCCAACAGGAAGACAUGGAUUCAUGUUACCAGUGAACCCAAACAACGCAUAUACACAGUGGAGAACUUGAUGAAUGGCUACGAAUAUGUGUUCCGGGUCCGGGCUCAGAACAAAUAUGGUGUUGGAGAUCCUCUAGAUAGUGAAACUGAGAAGGCCAGGAAUAUUUACUUACCCCCUGGGCCAUGUGAAAAGCCAACUAUUUCAAGUGUAACCCAUGAGUCGAUGACAGUCAACUGGGAAGAGCCAGAAGAUGAUGGUGGAUCGCCAGUCACUGGUUACUGGCUGGAACGCAAAGAGACAACCGCGAAACGGUGGAACAGGGUGACACGUGACCCCAUUCGGAUCAUGCCCCUUGGCGUGUCCCACAACAUGCGGGGUCUCAUCGAAGGGUCAGAGUACCAGUUCCGUGUAACACCAAUAAAUGUAGCAGGGUGCGGCCCACCCAGCAUGCCAUCAGAUCCGGUCUUUGCCAGAGACCCUAUGGUUCCUCCUGGUGCCCCUACUCCCAAAGUAACUGAUUGGUCUAAAUCGGCAGUUUAUUUGGAAUGGAUCCCACCACUUAAAGAUGGUGGAUCAAAGAUCAUUGGAUAUGUUGUUGAAUACAAAGAAGAAGGCCAAGAAGAAUGGAAAAAGGCUAUGGAUAAGGAAGUGAGAGGCACAAAAUUAGCAGUGACUGGACUGAAGGAGCUUGGAUUUUUUAGGUUCAGAGUCAGUGCAUUAAAUGCCGCUGGUUUUGGUGAACCUGGUGAUGUCACUGAUGUGAUUGAAGUCAAAGACAGGAUAAUUGCUCCUGAGGUGGAUCUGGAUGUUUCUGUGAAAGAAAGGAUGGUCAUUCAUGUGGGUGGUGAAUUCAAUAUCUUGGCCUAUUACUGGGGCAAGCCUGCACCCCAGAUCACAUGGGAUAGGGAUGGAUACUCAAUGCCACCAGAAGCAGUCAUUGAAACCACUGCAACUAGCUCUUCUGUUACACUGAAAAAAUGCUCCAGAAAAGAUAAAGGCACUUAUACUUUGACAGCUAAGAAUGAAGCAGGUGAAAUGAAGAAAGCUGUUAUUGUGGAUGUGUUAGAUGUUCCUGGCCCAGUUGGUGUACCCCUAUCCACAGAAAAUCUCUCCAGUGACUCUUGUAAAUUAAACUGGUUUUUUCCUGAAAAUGAUGGUGGUUCACCCAUUAGUAAUUUCAUCAUUGAGAAAUGUGAUGCUGAACGCAAGACCUGGACUCCAGCAUUUUAUGAGGCCACCAGGCAGAGUGCUGUUAUCCGUGGGCUGGUACCUGGAAAGGCUUACUUCUUCAGAGUCGCAGCUGAAAAUGUGGUUGGAAUGGGCCCAUUUGUGAAAACUGCUGCAGAAAUAAUCAUCAGGGAAAAAAUUUCUCCACCUGAGCGUCCUGAGGAGUUGGAAGUCACAGCUAUCACAAAGGAUUAUAUCAGCUUGGUUUGGAAUCCACCAAAGUCCGAUGGAGGCUCUGAAGUCACUAUGUAUAUUCUGGAAGCUCGUUCAGUUGGAAAGGACAAGUUCAUAAGACUCACAAAAGAAAAGCUGAUGGGAAGGAAAUUUACAUAUGAUGGUCUCCGAGAGGGGGAUUCCUAUGAAUUCCGGGUCAGUGCAGUGAAUGAGGUUGGUCAGGGAAAGCCAUCUUUCUGCACCAAAGCAAUCACCUGCAGGGACCAGCUUGAACCCCCGUCGAUUGAAGUUGAUUUCCGUGACAAGCUAAUUGUGCGUGUCGGGGAGUCCUUUGCUCUCCAGGGUCGCUACACUGGAAAACCAGCACCAUCAGUCACAUGGUUCCAAGAUGACAAGGAGCUUAAAGCUGAUAGCCACACCAAGCUAAAGAACACAUUAACAACAAUGUGUGUUUGUGUCAUGAAGGCAAAGCGAGAGCACAGUGGCCGGUACUGCGUACGUGUGGAGAACAGUACAGGCUUACGCAAAGGGAUCUGUAAUGUGAUAGUUGUUGAUCGUCCACAACCUCCAGAAGGCCCAGUAGAGUUUGAGGAAGUUCACAGAGAUCACAUGGUGAUUUCCUGGAAACCUCCUCUAGAUAAUGGUGGAAGUGAAAUUUCAAAUUAUGUUGUUGAGAAGAAGGAAGCAAGUAGGGAUAUCUGGUUGUCCGUGACAUCUGCAACCACAAAGACAACCUGCAAAGUUCCCAAACUGAUCGAAGGCAAAGAAUACAUUAUUAGAGUCUGUGCUGAGAACAUGUAUGGCAUCAGUGAUGCACUGGAGUCUGAAGAAAUGAGGGCCAAAGACCGUUUCAGAGUGCCCAGUGCACCUGAGCUUCCUGUUGUCCAGGAAGUUUUCAAGAACUCAGCACUUGUGAUUUGGACUCGACCUCGAGAUGGUGGCAAGCCCAUAACAAACUACGUCUUGGAGAAGAAGGAGACCUCAUCGAAAAGAUGGUCACGUGCCACUCGAGACCCUAUUUAUCCAGACACUCAGUACAGGGUACAGGAUCUCACAGAAGGCUGUGAAUAUGAAUUUCGGGCCAUGGCGGAAAAUGAAAUGGGGCUUGGUGACCCUAGUGAACCAUCUAAACCUGUCAUUGCCAAAGAUCCAACUGUCCUCCCAAGCCCUCCUGUCCUUCCUGAAGUUGUUGACAAGACUAAAGAUUCAGUUAGUCUGUCCUGGCAACCACCUCGCCAUGAUGGCAAGGGAAAACUCUUUGGAUAUCUUAUUGAGUAUCAGAAGAUCGGCGAUGAAGAAUGGACAAAGGCAAAUGAGACUCCAGAAUCAUGCCCGGAAACAAAGUUCAUAGUAACUAAUCUUGUAGAUGGACAGUUGUACAGAUUCAGGGUCAUGGUUGUAAAUGCAGCAGGGAAUUCUGAACCUGCAUAUGUCAAGGAAGAUGUGAACGUGCAGGACAGAUUGGAGCCUCCUGAGCUGCUGCUUGAUGCCAACAUGGCUCGUGAUCAUCUUGCUAUGGUAGGAACAGACAUUGUUCUCAGUGCCCGUAUUAAGGGCAUGCCAAUCCCAAAAGUCACAUGGAAGAAGAAUGACGCAGAAGUCCCUGAACGAGCCAGCAUUGAGACCACUGUUCAUGGGAGCAAAUUGCAGAUGCUUAACUGCCAGCGCUCAGACUGUGGCAAUUAUACAAUAACCAUGGAAAAUGCAGCUGGAUCAAAGUCAGCCACGUGCACUGUGCUUGUGUUAGAUAAACCUAGUCCACCCAGGAAUCUGAACAUCUCUGAAGUGACAAGCGAAACAGCCUAUCUCAGCUGGCAAGAGCCGGAGGAUGAUGGAGGGGCUGUUAUUUCUAACUAUGUGGUGGAGAAGAGAGAUGUGGCUUCUGACCAGUGGAUCCCCGUCUGUGCCUCCUCCAAAAAGCGCACUUUAAUGGCUCUGUACUUAGUAGAGGGCACCCAGUAUAUGUUCCGUGUCGCAGCUGAAAACCAAUUUGGCAGGAGUGCAUACCUUUCAGCAAAGAAACCCAUUAAGGCUGUUGAUCCUCUGUAUCCACCUGGUCCACCAAAGAAUUUGCAUCAUGUGGACGCAGAAAAAACUGAAGUCUGGCUUCAGUGGGACUGGCCAGACCGUACAGGUGGAAGUGAUAUCACAGGAUUUUUAGUUGAGUACCAAGAGGAAGGCGCAAAAGACUGGAUCACUCACAAAACUGUGACUAGAAAUGAAACCCACAUUACUGGACUUGAGGAAGGAAAGACUUACAGAUUCCGUGUGAAAGCAGAAAAUGCAAUUGGCUUGAGCCGUCCUGAUACCACAGUACCUAUUGUCUGUGAGGGGAAACUAGUGGCACCAACAAUUGAAGUUGAUGUGAAGCUAAUUGAGGGUAUUGUGCUAAAAUCUGGCAGCACCAUUACUCUUCCAGCCAAAAUGAAAGGCAUUCCUAUCCCUAUGGCAAAGUGGAUGAGUGAUGGAAAGGAGUUGCAGACAGGAGACAAGAUUGACAUUAAAACAGAGGAUUCUUCAACCGUGCUCAGCAUUAAAGAAUGUACACGAAUGGACUCUGGAGAGUAUCUUCUUACAGUAUCCAACUGUGCUGGAAGCAAGACAGUUCCUCUACAUGUGACAGUCCUUGAUGUACCAUCAGCACCCACUGGUCCUGUUAACAUUCUUGAGAUUACCCCUGAUCACAUGGUCAUAAACUGGCGCCCCCCUAAAGAUGAUGGUGGAACACCUUUGAUGAGUUAUAUUGUUGAGAAGAAAGAUUCCAAAAGGCCAUGGGAGCCAUGGGGUGUUAUGAGUUCUGAAAGCAUCAGCACCCAGGCUAAGAUCCCACGUUUGCAGAAGGGUCGUGAAUACAUUGUACGCAUUCGUGCAGAGAAUAAGAUUGGUAUUGGAGCCCCUCUUGAAAGUCCACCAACCACGGCCAAACACAUGUUUGAUCCACCUAGUUCUCCAGGUCCACCAACGGCUUAUGACAUUACAGAAAAUGCUAUGACCCUAGAAUGGGAAAUUCCACUUUCUGAUGGUGGUAGUCCAGUCAGUGGUUAUAUUGUUGAACGCAGGGAAAUGACAGGAAAAUGGAUUCGUGUUAACAAAACACCUGUUUUGGAUGUCAGAUACAGAGUGUCUGGACUUUUUGAGGGCAACACAUAUGAAUUCAGGGUAUUUGCUGAAAACAUUGCUGGCAUCAGUGAACCUUCCCCAGUGUCAGAUCCAUUUAAAGCCACACGUCCAAUUACCAAACCAGGACCUCCAAGCAAUCUCAAACUCAAGGACUGGGGCAAAUCCUAUGCUGACAUUGUUUGGACAAAACCUGCAAGAGAUGGUGGCAGCCCUGUCUUGGGAUAUGUUGUUGAAUGCCAGAAAGCUGGCACAUCACAGUGGAAUAAAAUUAAUAAGGAUGAGCUUAUUAAGCAGUGUACAUUUAGAGUGCCAGGUUUAAUUGAAGGAACAGAAUACAGAUUGCGAGUUAGGGCUACCAAUAAGAUUGGUGAAGGGGAACCAAAAGAAUUAGCUGAAACGGUUCUUGCUAAAGAUAUCCUUGUUCCUCCAGAGAUCAUGGUUGAUGCUUCCUGUCGUGACCAUUUGACAGUCAGAGCUGGUCAGACUAUUACUCUUGCUGCUCGUAUUAAAGGGCGGCCUGAUCCAGAAAUUACCUGGACUAAAGAUGCAAGGGUGCUAGGCAGAGAUAAGCGCACUGAGAUGAACAAAAACUUCCCUUUUGUUGAUUUGGUUAUUCGAGAAGCAACCAGAGCAGACUAUGGAAAGUAUGCAAUUCAAGCGAAGAAUGUCAGUGGUCAGGCACAGGCUACCAUUAUUGUGAACGUGCUUGACACACCAGGACAGUGUCGCAAUCUCAAGACAACUUAUGUGACAAAGGAUUCCUGCAUGGUGUCAUGGGAGAAUCCAGAAGACAAUGGAGGCACAGAAAUUACAAAUUACAUUAUUGAAAUCCGCCAACCAAGCCAAAGAACUUGGUCUGUGAUCUCCAAUGAUUGUACGAAACGCCUUAUUAAGGCACCACUUAUGGAAAACUGUGAAUAUUUAUUCCGUGUCAGUGCAGAAAACAAAUGUGGUCCCGGACCAACAACUGAGACUAGGACAGCAAUUAUGGCAGUUGACCCAGUUGAAAAGCCUGGUGACCCAGAGAAUUUGCAUAUUGCUGAUAUUGGGAAGACAUUUGUCUUCCUUAAGUGGAAAAAACCUGAUUAUGAUGGUGGCAGCCGUAACCUGAGCUAUCAUGUUGAGAGGAAACCAAAAGAGGCUGAGGAAUGGGAAAGAUUGCACAAGGGAGCAAUCAAAGAGACAUACUUCAUGGCUGACAGGUGUAUUGAAAACCAAAUAUACCAGUUCAGAGUGCAAACUAAGAAUGAAGGAGGGGAAAGUAACUGGGUGAAUAUGGCAGAGAUCCUUGUCAAAGAAGAUGUAAUAGAACUGCAAAUUGAUGUUAAAUUAGAAGGUGUUCUUGCUGUAAAAGCUGGUGAUUCAAUUAAGAUUGAAGCUGGGCUCAAAGGAAAACCCCAGCCUGAGGUUAAAUGGCUUAAGGAAAAUGAUACAGGAGACAUUAACAAGAAUCCAAGACUUCAUGUUGACACUGGUGUGGAUUUCUCUAAAUUCCUUAUGACAAAUGCAAAACGUGAAGACAGUGGAAAAUACAUAAUUACUGCCACUAAUGCUAUUGGAAGCUGCUCUGCUCAUGCUGUUUUGAAUGUGCUGGACAAACCAGGUCCUGUCAGAAACCUGGAAGUAUCUGGCAUUUCAGUGGACCGUUGCAAACUGACGUGGGAACUUCCAGAAGAUGAUGGUGGUUGUGAUAUAAUGAAUUACAUUCUAGAAAAAUGUGAGACAAAGAGAAUGGUUUGGUCAGUUCAUUCAGCAGCGAUCAUUACCAAUUCUGCCAGUGUAACGCGUCUUGUGGAAGGGAAUAAGUACAUCUUCAGGGUACGAGCUGAGAACAAGAUGGGGGCUGGCCCUACAGUGGAGAGUGACGCUGUUGUGGCUAAGACUCAGUUCAGUAGACCUGGCCCGCCAGACCCACCUGAGGUCACUAGAGUUGCCAAGGAGGAAAUGACUGUUUCAUGGUGUCCUCCAGAGAAUGAUGGUGGGAAGACCAUCACAGGUUACAUCUUGGAGCGAAAAGAGCAGCAUGCCAUCCGAUGGUCUCCAGUGACAAAGAGUCCUAUCCCACAGACACACAUGAAUGUCACUAACUUGAUUCCUAAUCAUGAAUAUCAGUUCCGUGUUAAGGCUGAAAAUGAAAUUGGAUUGGGAGAACCUAGCAAGCCUUCAAGAGCUGUGAUUGCCAAGGUUGCACUUGAGCCUCCUGGUCCUCCAACCAAUUUGAAAGUUAUUGACAGCACAACAACCUCAAUCACACUUAGGUGGGUGAAACCUGACUCUGAUGGUGGAGCCCCUAUAAUUGGAUAUGUAGUUGAAAUGAAACAUAAAUUGCUUAAAAAAGCAGAAGAAACCUGGAAAAGAUGCAAUGUAGCUGCUCAGCUGACCGUCACAGAAUUCACUGUGACAAGCUUGGAUGAACAAAUGGAGUAUGAAUUUCGCGUCUCUGCUCAAAACCAAGUUGGCAUGGGCAAUCCUACUAGUCUCAAGGAAGCUGUGUCACCUCGGGAGAUACUUGUUACACCUGAGAUUGACUUGGAUGCCAACUUGAGAAAGGGUAUCACUGUCAGAGCUGGCUGUCCCAUCCGGCUUUUUGCCACAGUAAGGGGAAGACCUGCCCCCAAAGUGACCUGGAGAAGAAUGGGUAUUGACAAUGUGGUCAGAAGAGCUCGUGUAGAUCUAAUCGACACCAUGACCUUUAUGGUUAUUGCUGACAGCACACGUGAUGAUUCUGGCAAAUAUUCUUUGACGCUCACAAGUCCAGCUGGGGAGAAGGCUGUGUUUGUGAAUGUCAAAGUACUGGAUACUCCAGGCCCUGUACUGGGUUUGGAUGCUGUGGAUGUCACAAUGACAUCCUGUGAGCUCACCUGGUCCCCACCUGAGUGUGACGGUGGCAGUGAGGUUACACACUAUAUAGUUGAAAAGCGUGAAAUUGACAGAAAGACCUGGGGAACAAUUAAAAAUGAUGUGAAGAAGACCAGCAUGAAAAUCAGCAACCUUAUUGCAGGCACAGAAUAUUAUUUCAGAGUUAUAGCCGUCAACGAGUAUGGUGAUGGUGUACCCUGUGUUACACCAAGGUCUUACCUGGCAUCUGACCCUAUCAGUAAGCCUGACCCACCAAUGAAAAUGGAUGUACUGGAAAUAUCAAAGACCAGUGCAACAUUAGGGUGGGUGAAACCACUCAGGGACGGAGGAUCUAAGAUCGAUGGUUAUGUAGUUGAUUACCAUGUGGUAGUUCCACCAAAGGAGCCUGUGGAAGGUGAACCUGUAGUGAAAAAGGAAGAGAAACCUGCAGUUGAAUGGACACCAUAUUCUGUGGUCAAAGAUUUAACCAUUGUUAUUGUUGGACUUAAAGAGGGCAAGAAGUACAGGUUCAGAGUGGCAGCGAGGAAUGCAGUGGGUUGUAGUUUGCCUACAGAAACCAAGGAAGAGUUUGAAAUGAAGGAACAAAUGUUGCCACCAACAAUUAUUAUGCCUGAUGCUAUGACGGCAAAAGCAGGAGAAAGACUCAGAGUGGAGGCUCUGGUAUCUGGGAAGCCAGCACCAGUCUGCAAGUGGAAGCGGGGAGACAGUGAUGUGGUUCCGUCUAGCCGCCUUGCUGUGCACAAAUCUCACAAUUGUUGUGUGCUCAUCAUCAAAGAUGUCUCGAGGCAGGACACUGGCGAGUAUAGUCUUCUGGCUGAAAACAGCACAGACAGAAUUGAGCACAUGCUGAAAUUGACCAUCAAGGAUAUCCCUGGUCCACCACAGCCACCAUUCAAGAUCAGUGACAUAGAUGCUGAUGCCUGCACACUGUCUUGGAGUCCACCACUCGAGGAUGGUGCAAGUAACAUCACAAAUUACGUGGUGGAAAAGUGUGAUGUCAGUCGAGGUGACUGGGUCUCUGCCGUUUCGUCCUGUGGCAAGAUCGGCUGCCGAAUUGGGAAGCUUGUACCAGGAAGGGAGUACAUGUUUCGUGUCCGAGCUGAGAACCGCUUUGGCAUUUCAGACUCUAUCACAUCUGAAAGAAUGGUUGCUAAAUUCCCCUUUGAUGUGCCAGGUGAAUCCUUGAACUGUCGCAUUAACAAAGUCAACAAAGACUGCAUGUUUGUGGCCUGGGACAGACCAGAAAGUGAUGGUGGCAGUCCCAUUACUGGCUACUACAUUGAACGCAAAGAGAGGAACAGCCUUCUGUGGGUGAAGGCCAAUGACACAGUGGUUCGUACUACAGAAUAUCCCUGUGCUGGCCUGAUUGAAGGCUUGGAGUACACCUUCAGGGUGUCUGCCAUAAACCGCGCUGGACAGGGUAAACCAAGCAAAAAAACAGAAUUUGUUACAGCAAGAACACCAGUGGAUUCCCCUGGAAAACCUGAGGUGCUUGAUGUAACUAAGAAUUCAGUGACUUUGGUCUGGGCCCGGCCGAAGCAUGAUGGGGGCAGCAAGAUCAUCGGGUAUUAUGUUGAAGCCCUGAGGAUUCCUGAUGACAAAUGGAUCCGCUGUAACAUCAGCAGCCAGAACGUGCCCAGGGAAGAGUAUAUCGCAACUGGUCUAGAAGAGGAAUGCCAGUACCAAUUCCGAAUCAUUGCCAAGACUGCAGUAAACCUCAGCAGACCUUCCGAAGUGUCUGAUACUGUCCUUGUCUCUGCAGAAAAUGUCCCACCAAGAAUUGAAAUUGGACUUCAAAUGAAGAAGAUGCUCCCUGUGAAAGCUGGAUCAAAUGUCUGCCUGGAGGCUGAAGUUUUUGGAAAACCGAUGCCAAAGGUUACUUGGAAGAGGAAUGGGGAGGUAUUGAAAGCUGCUGAAGGUGUGGAGAUGAAACAGAAACGAUACCUUUUCCAGCUGGAAAUGCUAUCGGUGACAAAAAAACACACUGGAGAGUAUACUGUUCUAGCAGAAAAUGCAAGUGGUUCUAAAACAAAUGAAAUUAGCCUGACAAUUCUGGAUAUACCUGGCCCACCAGCUUCAAUCAAGUUUGGAGAAGUGGGUUCUGAUCGUGCCCAGCUAAUUUGGGAGCCACCAAAGGCAGAUGGUGGUUGUCCAGUCACAAACUACAUAAUUGACAAACGUGACACCAGUAGAGCUGAGUGGGCACAGGUUACAGCCAAAGUUGACAGCAAGUUCACUGACUUCUUGGUGGAAAGGCUGAUUGAGGGUCGCGAGUAUCAGUUCCGCAUCCGUGCUGAGAACAAGUGUGGGACUGGUGAAGGAAUCCUGAGCAACACUACUGUGGCUAAGAAUCCAUUCAAUGUUCCUGAACCUUGUGAGCCACCUAUUAUUACUAAUAUCACAAAGGAUAACAUGACAGUCAGUUGGAAAGAACCAGCCAGUGAUGGCGGCUCCACCAUACUCGGAUAUGUUGUUGAGAAGCGGGUGACCAAGGAUAUCAAAUGGACAAAACUCAACAAAAAGGCAGUAGCAGAGAGAACAAUAAAAGCAAGUGAUCUUUCAGAAGGGGCUGAGUAUGAGUUCAGAGUCAUUGUUGUCAACAAAGCUGGUUUAAGCAAACCAAGUGACCCAUCAAAUGCUGCCCUUGCUCAUGAGCCAUUACAUCCUCCAGGACCACCAGUAUCACCAAAGGUUGUUGAUACAACAAACAGCACAAUUAUCCUGACCUGGACCAAACCUUCCCAUGAUGGUGGAUGCAACAUUUUGGGCUACCUAGUUGAGUUUAAGCGAGCAGACAGUGGUGACUGGAUAAGGUGCAACGUACCCAAGAAUCUCCAGGAGACAAAGUACACUAUAACUGGGCUGCUUGAAAAUACAGAAUACAAGGUCCGGGUGACAGCUGUGAAUAAAGCUGGGUUUGGUGAACCAAGUGAAGUUCCAGGAACACAUCUGGCAAAGGAAGUUUUAAUUGCUCCUGAAGCAGAUCUUGAUGAAGAGCUGAAGAAAACACUGGAGCUGCGUGCUGGGAUGCCUAUGAGAUUUCACAUUCCUCUGAGAGGCCGCCCCGCUCCCAAAGUGACCUGGGCUAAAAUGAACACCAAUAUUAAGAACAGACAGGGAAUCGUAAUCAGGACGACUGACAUAGACACCCUGGUGUAUGUUGAAAAAGUGAACAGAUAUGAUGCUGGAAAAUAUGUUUUGAAUCUGGAGAGUACAACUGGGAUGAAAAUGUACACAAUCACUGUCAAGGUUUUUGAUACCCCUGGACCACCUAUUAAUUUGAUGGUGAAAGAGACCUCUAAAGACAGUGCAUCCAUUUCCUGGGAUACUCCUCUAAUUGAUGGUGGAAGCCCAGUGAAGAAUUACAUUGUUGAAAAGCACGACAUAGAGAGAAAGUCAUGGUCCAGAGUUUCAGCUGAGUGUGCAAAAACAUCAUUCCUGAUUCAAGACUUGGACCCCGGAAGAUCCUAUUGUUUCAGAGUCUUCGCUGAAAACGAAUUUGGCAUUGGAGAGCCAUGUGAGACUGGUGAUGCAGUGCGAGCCUCAGAGCAACCUGGACCAGUUAAAGACUUUAAAGCAUUGCUGGUUACCAAGGAUUCAUGCACACUUGCUUGGAAGAAACCAAUUAGUGAUGGUGGAAGUAGGAUCAUGGCAUACAUCUUGGAGGUCAAGAAUGGUGAUGAUAGGUGGAAGGUGCUGAUGAGGUCAAAAAACAUGCAGUAUAGUGCCAAAGACCUCGUAGAAGGAAGGGAAUAUUUAUACAGAGUAAAGGCAUUGAAUGAUUCUGGAGAGGGUGCAAUAAAGGAGCUUAACAUUGUGGCUAAAGAUGUCAUUGUUCCACCUGGAUGUGACUUAAGAGAGCUGCCAAACUUAAACUACAUUGCAAAAGAGGGCAGUACUGUACGGCUCAAAAUACCAAUCAUAGGGAAACCGGUCCCUACUGUUUCCUGGAAGAAGGGAGAUGACACUACCUUGACCGACAUGGGUCGUGUGUGUGUCGAGUCCACUCCUGUCAACACGACCCUGUUCAUCCGCGACUGUCAAAGAGGCGAUGCCUCUAAGUAUACCAUCACUUUAAGAAACAGUGCCGGCACCAAAGAGUCCAACAUCUUUGUUAGGGUUGUUGGAAAGCCCGGAAUGCCAGCCGGACCCAUCAAGUUUAAAGAAGUCACUGCUGAUGGUGCCACAUUGAAAUGGGGUGCACCAAAGGAUGAUGGUGGAUCAGAAAUAACCAACUAUAUUCUUGAGAAGCGGGAUUCUGUAACUAACAUGUGGGUUACAGUCGCUUCAAAUGUGGACACAAACAUUUUUAGAGUGACAGAUCUUCAUGAAGGAACUGAAUAUAUAUUCCGAAUUAAAGCUGAAAAUAAGUACGGGAUUGGGGAAGGCUUAAAAUCUGAUGAAGUUGUGGCUAAGCAUCCAUUCAAUGUACCUGAUGCGCCACCCGCACCUCAAGUCAUCAGCAUGUGGCACGAUUCUGCAGUUCUUGCUUGGUCUGAUCCAAGGAAAACUGGAGGCUCCCCAAUCACUGGUUAUCAUGUGGAAUUCAAAGAAAGAAACAGCUUGCUGUGGAAGAGAGCCAACCCAGUAGCCUUGAAAAUGAAGGAAUUUAGAGCAGUUGGCCUAACGGAAGGCCUUGAAUAUGAGUUUAGAGUCAUGGCAAUAAACUUAGCUGGUGUUGGUAAACCUAGUGCAUCAACUGAGCCUUUUGUUGCCUUGGAUCCAAUUGAUUACCCAGGUAAACCUGAAGUGAUUAGUGUAACGAAGAAUACCGUAACACUACAGUGGACUGAACCAAAGUAUGAUGGUGGACACAAACUGACAGGCUAUGUUGUUGAGAAGCGUGACCUGCCGGCUAAGGUCUGGAUCAAGGCCAACAAUGUAAAUGUUGUGGACUGUGCAUUCACAGUGACAGAUCUACAAGAGGGCUGCAAGUAUGAAUUCAGAAUAAGGGUAAAGAACGCGGCUGGGGCCAUCAGUCCUCCUUCAGAACAAACUGACACUAUUAUGUGCAAAGAUGAGUAUGAGGCACCAGCUAUCAUUAUUGAUUCCACUGUGAAGGAGGGGCUUAAGGUCAGGGCUGGUGAUACAAUUGUUAUCACUGCCACAAGCAUCUCAGGAAAACCAGCACCAAAGUCUGUGUGGUCCAAAGCGGGUAAAGACUUUAAACCAUCAGAUAUUUGCCAGAUUGAAAUGACGCCGACAUCUUCUACACUGACAAUCAAGUAUGCCAGCAAGAAGGAUUCAGGAGAAUACACAAUCUCUGCCAGCAAUCCAUUUGGGGUCAAGGAGGAGAAUGUUAAAGUGCAGGUGCUGGAUGUGCCUGGACCUACCGGCCCCCUUGAAGCCAGCAGUGUGUCUGCGGAAAAAGUGACUCUGACAUGGACAGCUCCUCAUCAAGAUGGGGGAUCGCCAAUUAAAUCCUACAUUCUAGAGAAGAGGGAGACAAGUCGCCUUCUUUGGACAACUUUGGCUGAGAACAUCACAGAUUGCCAUUUUAUUACUAGCAAGCUCAUCCAAAGCAAUGAAUAUGUCUUCCGUGUUUCAGCUAUAAAUCAAUAUGGUGCUGGUGAAGCAACACUUUCUGAGCCGGUGAAAAUGGUGGAUAGUUUUGGCCCACCGGGUCCUCCAUCAAAACCUGAAACUGAGAAUGUGACGAAUAACUCUGUCACCAUUACAUGGAAGAGACCUGCUGAAGAUGGAGGAAGUGAUAUUAUAGGCUACAGUGCUGAAAAAAAAGAAAGAAAAGGGGCACGAUGGGUCAGGGCCUCAAAGAAGUUGAUUUCAGAGCUUUAUUACAGUGUGCCAGGCCUCACCGAGGGAGUUGAGUAUGAAUUCCGAGUGACUGCAGAGAACAAAGCUGGCCUUGGCCUUCCCAGUGAGGCGUCUCAGCCUGUCAAGACAAAGAAUGUGACAUAUGUACCUGGGCCUCCAGUGAACCCUAGAAUUACAGAUACAACCAAAUCCACAGCUACAUUCAACUGGGGAAAACCCCAGUACGAUGGGGGGCUUGAAAUUACUGGAUAUAUAGUUGAACACAAAAAAGAAGGAGAAGAAGAGUGGGUUAAGGAUAAGUCAGCUACACCACUGAGAAUUACUGAAUUUGUUAUUGCCAAUCUUCAGCCAGGAGGAAAAUACUAUUUUAGAGUGAGUGCAAUGAAUGCAGAAGGAUUUGGUGAAGCAGCUCAGACUGAAGAUCUUAUUGAACUUGUGGAUCGUAUGGAAACACCUGAAUUUGAACUUGAUGCUGAACUCAGAAGGACCCUUGUUGUAAAGGCUGGAAACUCCAUACGUAUAUUUGUGCCCAUCAAAGGUCGCCCACCUCCUGAAGUCACAUGGAUGAAAGAGGAUAUACCACUUAAAGGCAGAGCGCAUAUUGACACCACAGAAUCAUAUACUCUACUGGUUAUCCCGGAUUGCACUAGACGUGAUGCUGGAAAGUAUUUCUUUACAUUAGAGAAUGGUGCUGGAAAGAAUACUGGAUAUGUCAAUGUAAGAGUUUUGGACACACCUGGGCCUCCCCUUAAUUUGAAACCCAUGGAGAUUAAUAAAGAAAGUGUCACUCUACAAUGGGAAAUCCCCGUCAUUGAUGGGGGGUCAAAGAUCACCAACUACAUCAUUGAGAAACGUGAGGCAACCCGGAAAGCAUAUGCUGCUGUCAUCACACAUUGUGCAAAAUGUUCUGUUAGAAUCCCUAAUUUGGCAGAAGGAUCUGAAUAUUAUUUCAGAGUAAGAGCAGAAAAUGACUUUGGCAUUGGUGAGCCUGUUGAAAUGCCGGAUCCAGUCCGAGCUUCACAAGCACCCACUCGUCCGGAAAAAGUCAACAUUGCAGAUAUCACUAAGAAUUCUGUAAGUCUGGUGUGGACAAAGCCAAAGCAUGAUGGUGGCAACAGAAUUACUGGCUAUGUCAUUGAAGCUCAAAAGAAAGGUUCAGAUCAGUGGUCUCAUGUGACUGCUGUAAAAACUUUAGACUAUGUAGUGAAAAAUCUAAAUGAAAAUGAGGAGUAUACAUUCAGAGUCAUGGCUGUUAACAACUCUGGUAGAAGUGAUCCCUGUAACAGCAGGCCAGUUGUGGUUAAGGAACAGAACACAGAACCUGAAUUUGACCUACAUGGAAUCUGCCAUAGGUCAGUGAUUGCCAAGGCAGGAGAUGAUAUAAAGGUUGAGAUUCCUGUUUUUGGUCAUCCAAAACCAAGCAUUUCUUGGAAAAAAGAUGAUCAGACCCUCAAACUGACUCCGAGAGUAAACACUGAAGAUACUCCAGUUUCGACUAUCCUUAGUAUUGGUGAAUGUACAAGAAGUGACAGUGGACAAUACUCCAUUACAGGAAAAAAUAUGCUUGGGACAGUGACAGAAAUCUUUACAGUUAAAGUGCAUGAUAUUCCAGGACCUCCGAAGGGGCCAAUUAAGUUAGACAAAAUAACCCGUACCUAUAUUGUAAUAUCAUGGGAUUCCCCUGAAAAUGAUGGAGGGGUACCAAUUAACAAUUACAUUGUUGAAUUGCGUGAAACCACAAGCACAACAUGGCUAGAGCUCUCUUCAACAGUGAUUCGCACAACAUUUAAAGCUGACUGUCUCACUACAGGGCUUGAGUAUCAGUUCCGUGUUAAAGCCAAAAACAGAUAUGGUGUUGGACCACCGAUCACCUCAGAAUCUGUGGUUGCUGCUUAUCCAUUCAAAGUCCCUGGACCACCAGGAACUCCACAUGUGGUGUCCUUUACCAGGGACUCUAUAACAGUUGGGUGGAAUGAGCCAGUUAAUGAUGGAGGAAAUGAAGUCAUUGGAUACCAUGUUGAAAGAAAAGAAAGGAGUGCUGUAACAUGGCAAAGGAUCAGCAAAGCCUUAGUGGUAGGAAAUAUGUUCAAAUCCAUAGGACUGGAAGAUGGAAUUGCUUAUGAAUUUCGUGUUGCUGCUGAAAACCAGGCUGGUGUGGGAAAACCGAGUAAGCCAUCUGAGCCCAUGCUUGCCCUUGAUCCUGUGGACCCACCUGGCCAGCCGGUAGCGAUUGACAUUACUAAAUGGUCAGUGACUAUUCAGUGGACAAAGCCUGAGUAUGAUGGUGGAUUCAAGAUAACUGGGUACACUGUGGAAAAGAAAGACUUGCCAAACGGACGCUGGGUUAAGGCUAAUUUUAGCAACAUUGUUGAGACAGUUUUCACUAUAAGUGGUCUUACAGAAAAUGCCUCCUAUGAGUUCCGUGUUUCUGCCAGAAAUUCAGCUGGUGCAGUGAGUGAGCCAUCUGAGCCAUCAGAUCCCAUCACAUGCAAAGAUGAUAUUGAAGAGCCAAGAGUAAUGGUUGAUGCUAAGUUCAAAGAUGUCAUACUUGUGAAAGCAGGUGAUGUCUUUAAGCUUGAGGCUGAUGUAGCAGGUCAGCCAUUGCCAUCUAUUGUUUGGACAAAGGAUGGAAAAGAAGUUGAAAAUACAAUGAAACUACAAAUCAAAACAUCAGACCUCACAGCAGCCUUAAUUAACAAAGAUUCAUUAAGAAGGGAUGGUGGUAUGUUCACAUUAACUGCUAGCAACCUUGGAGGUUUUGCUAAACAUAUCUUUAAUGUAAAAGUUCUUGAUAGACCAGGUCCUCCACGAGGGCCACUUGCUGUAACAGACCUCACUGCUGAAAAUUGUGUCCUAACAUGGUCACCACCAUCAGAUGAUGGUGGAGCAAAUAUUAAUCAUUAUGUAGUUGAAAAGCGAGAAACAAGUAGACUUGCUUGGACAAAUGUAGCAUCAGAGUUACAAGUCAAUCAGUUCAUGGUAACUAAGUUACUAAAAGGAAACGAGUAUAUUUUCAGAGUUAUGGCUGUUAAUAAGUUUGGAAUUGGUGAGCCACUUGAAUCUGAUCCUACUGUUGCAGUCAAUCCAUAUGUAACUUCUGAUCCUCCACCAACUCCUGAGGUAACAACCAUCACCAAGGAUUCAAUGAUUGUUUUCUGGGAUCAUCCCAAGAACAAUGGAGGAAGCAAUAUUUUUAAUUAUAUUAUUGAAAGAAGAGAUAGGACAAGUCUCCAGUGGGUUAGAUGCAAUAAGAAGGAUGUAACAGAUGUGAAUUUCAAAGUAACAGGACUUUUAGUGGGACAUGAAUAUGAAUUCAGAAUCAGUGCUGAAAAUGCUGCUGGUUUAAGUGUGCCAAGCCCAUCAAGUCCAUUCUACAAGGCCAGUGAUACCAUUUUCAAGCCAGGAGCUCCUGGAAAUCCAAGGAUUUUGGACACAACUAAGUCAUCUAUCACUCUUGCUUGGAAUAAGCCAGUGUAUGAUGGUGGAUCUGAUAUAUUGGGAUAUAUUGUUGAGACUAGCCUUCCAGAUGAAGAUGAAUGGACAGUUGUCACACCAAAGGAUGGUCUGAAAGGCACAUCAUUCACAAUCAUCAACUUGAAGGAAAAUCAAGAGUACAAAAUAAAUAUCUCAGGUUUUAACUGUGAGGGCGUUGGAGAGGUUGCCAGUGUUCCUGAAUUAACAAAGGCUGAGGACAAAUUAAUUCAUCCAGAAAUUAGUCUUGAUGCAGAAUUUCGUAAGGUUAUUAACAUCAGAGCAUGUAACACUUUAAGGCUGUUUGUACCUAUAAGAGGGAGGCCUGAUCCAACAGUGAAAUGGUCCAGAGAAAAUGAUGAGCCCAUUGGAAGGGCAACCAUUGAGAGCACAUCAUCAUUUACAUCAGUAAUAAUUGAAAAUGUCAAUCGUUUUGAUAGUGGAAAGUACAUUUUGACUGUAGAAAAUAGUGCAGGCAGCCAAACUGCUUUUGUGAAUGUCAGAGUGCUGGACACCCCGGGAGCACCACAAAACCUCAAGAUCAUAGCAGUUACCAAAGAAUCAGUCUCACUUACUUGGGAGCCCCCUCUUAAUGAUGGUGGUACAAAGAUUAAAAAUUAUGUAAUAGAAAAACGUGAAUCCACAAGGAAAGCAUAUGCAACUGUUAAUGCUAACUGCCACAAAACACGCUGGACUGUUGAUCAGUUGCAGGAAGGCUGUAACUAUUACUUUAGAGUUAUAGCAGAAAAUGAAUAUGGCAUUGGCCUUCCUGUUGAAACUACUGAAUCUGUGAAAGUGUCUGAAAAGCCACUUCCUCCUGGUAAGAUCAUUCUUCAAGAUGUCACAAAGAAUAGUGUUACACUAACAUGGGAAAAGCCAGAGCAUGAUGGAGGAAGCAGAAUAGUUGCCUAUGUCAUUGAGAUGCAGAGCAAAGGAAAUGACACCUGGAUGCAAUCUAUGAUUGUGAAAGUCCCUGAAGCUGUUGUUACUGGAUUGACUCAAGGUCAAGAAUAUAUGUUCCGUGUAUCAGCAAGGAAUGAGAAAGGAACAAGUGAGCCACGUCAGAUUGGGGUACCAGUGAUAAUAAAAGAACUUGUAAUUGUUCCAGCAGUUAAAUUACUAUUCUCCACAUUCAGUGUUCUGGCAGGAGAAGACUUGACAGUAAACAUACCCUAUGCCGCUCGCCCCAAAGCAACUGUAUCCUGGCAAAAAGAUGGUACUCCACUCAAGCAAACCUCAAGAGUAAAGUUUGAAACUACAUCUGAUCAAUUGUGUCUUGUUGUUAAGGAAGCUUGCAGAGAUGAUGUUGGCCAGUAUUCCAUCAAACUUUCAAACAAUGCUGGUGAAACAACAGCAGACAUUGCUAUCGUCGUUCUUGACAAACCUGGUCCACCAAGAGGACCAGUACAAGUGGAUGAAGUCACUUCUGACAGUGUCACAUUUUCUUGGAAACCUCCAGAAUAUGAUGGUGGUUGCACGAUCAAGAACUAUAUUGUGGAAAAGAGGGAAACCUCUAGUACAAAUUGGCAGAUUGUAGCUCAAAACCUAGCUAGAACAACAAUUAAGGCAGGACGGUUGAAAACUGACACUGAAUACCAGUUCAGGAUUACAGCUGAGAACAGAUAUGGCAAAAGUACAAUUCUACUAUCGCCAUCUGUGGUUGCUCAAUAUCCGUUCAAACUUCCAGGCCCACCAGGAACACCAUCUGUGCACAUUUCAACCAGAGAUAGUAUGGUUGUUGUUUGGAAUGAGCCUGUCAUUGAUGGAGGGACCUCUGUAUUGGGAUACCAUCUUGAACGUAAAGAAAGAAAAAGUGUUCUUUGGGUGAAGCUAAACAAGACAAUUAUUCAAGAUACAACAUUCAAAUCAAUUGGUCUAGAAGAAGGGAUGGAAUAUGAAUAUAGAGUCUAUGCUGAAAAUAUUAUGGGCAUUGGCAAACCCAGCAAACUAUCACAAUGCUAUGUUGCCAGAGAUCCUUGUGAUCCUCCUGGUACUCCUGAAGCUAUUGCUAUCACAAACAAUUCAAUUACAUUAAGAUGGACAAAACCAGAGUAUGAUGGUGGUAGCAAAGUCACUGGUUAUAUUGUUGAGAAGAAGGAUUUACCUGAUGGUCGUUGGAUGAAGGCUAACUUCACUAAUGUUAUUGAGACUGAAUAUCUGACAACUGGUUUAGUUGAGGAUCACAAAUAUGAGUUCCGUGUCAUUGCAAGAAAUGCAGCAGGUGUUUUUAGUGAUCCUUCCUACAGCACUGGCCCAAUCACUGCCAAAGAUGAAGUUGAUCCUCCUCGCAUUAGUAUAGAUCCACAGUAUACUCAAACUCUUUUUGUAAAUGCUGGGGACAACUUCAAAAUUGAUGCUGAUGUUCAUGGGAAACCAAUACCCACAAUAUAUUGGAUGAAAGGAAAACAAGAACUUACUAAUACCUUAUACCGAGAAAUAAGAAACACAGACCACACUACAUGUCUGAGUGUAAAAGAAGCUAGACGUGUUGAUGGAGGUGAAUACACUUUACUUCUAAAAAAUAUUGGAGGAGAGAAGUCGGUUUGUAUCACUGUCAAAGUCUUAGACAAACCUGGUCCACCUGGUGGCCCCAUUUCUGUAAGUGGUGUUUCAAGUGACCAGUGCACAAUAACUUGGAGACCACCACAGGAAGAUGGUGGCAGUGAAAUAUCUCAUUACAUAGUUGAAAGAAGAGAAACAAGUAGGCUAAUCUGGACAACUGUUGAGCCAAAAGUUAAGACGCUUAAUCUGAAAAUUACAAAACUUUUGGAGGGAAAUGAGUACUGCUUCCGUGUCUUAGCUGUGAACCAGUAUGGAGUUGGCAAGCCACUUGAAUCUGAGGCUGUAAUUGCUAAAUGUCCAUUUGUUGCUCCCGAUGCACCUAAAGGUGUUGAGGUUUACAAUAUUGCAAAAGACUCAAUGAUUGUAACCUGGGAAGCACCUACUAACAAUGGUGGCAGUCCUAUUAUUGGGUAUGUUAUUGAAAAACAUGAUAAAGAAGGUGUGAGAUGGACUAAAUGCAACAGGGAUACAGUGAAUGAAUUACACUUCAGGGUUACUGGACUUCUUGAAAAUCAUAAUUAUGAAUUUAGAGUUUCAGCUAUGAAUAUUUCUGGCCUUGGAGAGGCUAGUACCCCAUCCAUUUACUAUAGAGCCUUGGAUCCUACUUUCAAACCCGGCCCUCCAAACAAUCCAAAAGUAAUUGAUAUAUCAAGUACUUCUGUUGUUCUUGCUUGGGGAAAACCUGUAUGUGAUGGUGGGUGUGAAAUACAAGGAUAUAUAGUGGAGGUAAGCGAGGCAACAGCUGAAGAACAAUGGAAAAUGUGCACACCACCAACAGGUGUCAAGCAAACAAAAUAUGAAGUUGUAAAACUACAAGAAAAACAUGAAUAUAAGUUUAGGGUAUGUGCUGUUAGCAAGGCUGGUGUUGGUGAGCAUGCAGAUGUCCCUGGGACAGUCCUGGUUGAAGAUAAGAUGGAAGAACCAGAGCUUGAUCUUGGUGCUGAACUUAUGAAGAUGCUUAAUAUUAAAGCUGGAAAUACUCUUAGAGUGUUCAUUCCAAUUAAAGGGAGACCAGCCCCAGCAAUUAAAUGGGAAAAGAUAGAUGGUGAAAUAAAGGAGAGAGCUCAGAUUGAGGUAACAAGUAGACAUACUUGCCUUGUGAUUGACAACGUCAACAGAUUUGAUAGUGGAAAGUAUACUGUUACUGCAGAAAAUUCAAGUGGUUCAAAAUCUGCUGUAGUAAGUAUCAGGGUGCUUGACACACCGAGUGCUCCAGUUAACCUCAAAGUCAAGGAAAUUACGAAACAGUCCAUCACACUUACAUGGGAACCACCUACUGUGGAUGGCGGAGCUAAAAUAAAGAACUACAUUAUUGAAAAGCGAGAAAGUACAAGAAAGACUUAUUCAGCUGUUACUACUAACUGCCACAAAACAACUUGGAAGAUAGAACCACUUCAGGAAGGCUGCAAUUAUUACUUCAGAGUUCUUGCUGAAAAUGAGCAUGGUAUUGGCUUGUCUGCAGAAACAGUUGAUGCUCUGAAAGUGUCAGAAGUGCCCCAGUCUCCUGCCAGUCUAACUGUUGUUGAUGUGACACGCAAUAGUGUGUCCCUUGCAUGGGAAAAACCUGAGCAUGAUGGAGGAAGCAAAAUCUUUCAGUACCUGGUGGACAUACAAAAAAAGGAUAGUGACAAGUGGAUUAACUGUGCUAAUGUCAAAACUCUUGAGACUGUUGUGAGCAAUUUAGUUCAAGGAGAAGAAUAUAUUUUCAGAGUUAUUGCUGCUAAUGAAAAAGGAAAGAGUGAUCCAAGAACGCUUGCUGUUCCUGUGCAGGUAAAGGAUCUUGUGAUUGAACCAGAUGUAAGACCCGUAUUUAGCAGUUAUGCUGUACCAGUUGAUAAGGACCUCAAAGUAGAAAUCCCAAUUUCUGGACGUCCAAAACCAAACAUUACUUGGACAAAGGAUGGCUCACCACUUAGACAAACAACGAGGGUUAAUGUUGUGGACACUGAACAUUUCACAAUGCUUAACAUAAAAGAAGCAACCAGAGAUGACUCUGGGAUUUAUGGCAUUGUGGUAUCUAAUACUGUUGGACAAAAGGAUGCCACCAUUGAAAUAAUCACACUGGAUAAACCUGGGCCCCCAACAGGGCCUGUAAAAUUCAAUGAGAUCAGUGUAGAAAGUGUGAAAAUUUCUUGGGAGCCACCAAAGUUCACUGGGGGUUGCCCAGUUUCACACUAUAUUGUACAAAAGAGAGACACAACCACAACCACCUGGGAAAAUGUUUCAACCUCUGUAGCAAGAUCUGCUCUGAAGGUGCCCAGACUGAAAACUGGAGCAGAAUAUCAGUUCAGAGUUAUUGCUGUAAAUCGUUAUGGCAAAAGUUAUGGUUUAGACUCUGCAUGUGUAGUUGCCCAAUAUCCUUAUAGAGAACCAGGUCCACCAGGAACUCCUUUUGUCUCAUCACUAUCAAGGAAUCAUAUGGUGGUGGAAUGGCAUGAACCAGUGAUAGAUGGUGGCAGCAGUAUAAUUGGUUACCAUCUUGAGCGGAAAGAGAGAAACAGUAUUCUAUGGACCAAAAUUAAUAAGUCUCUAAUUAAAGAAACUCACUUUAAAACAACUCCUUUGGAGGAAGGUAUUGAAUAUGAGUUCAGAGUUUAUGCUGAAAAUAUUGUUGGGAUAGGCAGAAGCAGCAAAAUCUCAGAGGGUUGUGUGGCACGUGACCCCUGUGAUCCACCUGGAACUCCAGAAGUUGUAACUGUGAGUAGAGACUCAAUCACAGUCCAGUGGACAAAGCCUGAAUAUGAUGGAGGAAGUGUAAUUACUGGCUACAUUGUGGAGAAACGAGAUCUUCCAGAGGGACGCUGGAUGAAGGCCAAUUUCACAAAUGUUAUUGAAACACAGUUUACAGUAACUGGUUUAACUGAGGAUGCCAAAUAUGACUUCAGGGUUAUUGCAAAGAAUGCAGCUGGAACAAUUAGUAAGCCAUCUGACAAUACUGGACCAAUCACUGCAAAGGAUGAAGUUGACCCUCCCAGAUUUUCAGUUGACCCAGAGUUCAGCCAAGCCAUUGUUGUAAAUGCUGGAGAGACUUUUAAGCUUGAUGCUGAUAUCAAAGGAAAACCCAUACCAACAGCUCAGUGGUUCAAGGGUGACAAAGAAAUUGAAAAUACACUGAGAUGUGAGAUCAAAAACACAGAUUCCAAAGCAAUGAUUGUUUUCAAAGAUACAAUUACAGCUGAUGGCGGGCAAUACACUUUGCUACUCACAAACUUAGCUGGUACCAAGACUAUUUCAUACAAUGUCAAAGUACUAGACCGACCAGCUCAAUGUGAGGGACCCCUUAAUAUAACUGGUGUAACAGCUGAAAAAUGUGUACUGUCAUGGCACCCACCACAAUAUGAUGGAGGCAGCAGUGUUACCCAUUACAUUAUUGAAAGGAGGGAAACAAGCCGACUUGCAUGGACUGUAGUCACUAAUAAUUGUACAGUUAAUAUGUUUAAGGUAACAAAGCUCCUUGAAGGAAAUGAGUAUAUAUUCCGUGUAAUGGCUGUCAACAGAUAUGGAAUUAGUGAACCACUAGAUUCUGCCCAAGUGAUAAUGAAAAACCCAUUUGUUACACCUGGGUCACCACAUAUUCUAGAAGUAUCAAACAUUACAAGGGACUCUAUGACAGUGUGCUGGGCUCCACCAGACACUGAUGGUGGAAGUGAAAUUAUUGGCUACAUUAUUGAGAAAAAAGACAGGUCUGGAAUCAGAUGGACAAGAUGCAACCGACAAAAAGUCACUGAUGUGUGUUUCAGAGUGACAUGUUUAGCAGAAGAUCAUGAAUAUGAAUUCAAAGUUUCUGCUGAAAAUGCAGCUGGAUUGGGAGAACCAAGUUUACCAAGUGCUUACUAUAAAGCUUAUGAUCCAAAGUUCAAACCUGGACCACCUACUCAUGUGCAUGUGAUUGACACCACAAAGAGCUCAAUUUCAAUAACAUGGGGCAAACCAGUUCAUGAUGGUGGUAGUGCAAUUCAAGGGUACAUUGUAGAGAUAUGCAAAGCUGAAAAUGAGGAAUGGAUUAUGUGCACACCACCAACUGGUCUCCGUGUGAACAAAUUUGAAAUUCAUAAACUUAUAGAAAAUCAGGAAUAUAAUAUCCGGGUCUGUGCAAUGAACAAGAUAGGUGUUGGAGAACUAGCAGCCAUUCCUGGAACUGCUAAACCUGAAGAGAAAACUGAAGGCCCAGAACUCAGCCUUGAUUCAGAACUAAGGAAAGGAAUUGUAGUCCGUGCUGGAGGAUCUGUGCGGAUUAAUAUUCCAUUCAGAGGAAGACCAAGUCCUGAUAUUGGCUGGUCUAAAGAUGAAGCUGAAUUGUCUGAUAAGGUGCUAAUUGAGAAGGGGCUUAACUACACCCAGCUUUCAAUUGAUGGCUGUGAUAGAAAUGACACUGGAAAAUAUACACUAAAACUGGAAAACAAGAGUGGUUCUGUGUCUGAGUUUGUGUCUGUUAAAGUUCUGGAUACGCCAGGCCCACCCUUAAAUCUUGAAAUGAAAGAAAUUAAAAAAGACUCUGUCACUCUUGUAUGGGAACCACCAGUAACUGAUGGCGGAGCAAAGAUAAAGAAUUAUGUUGUUGAUAAGCGGGAAUCAACCAGAAAAACAUAUUCUAAUGUUACUGCCAAGUGCCUAAAAACAUGUUUCAAGGUAGAAAAUAUUGUAGAAGGUGCUAUGUAUUACUUCAGAGUGAUGGCUGAGAAUGAAUUUGGAGUUGGCCAGCCAGUUGAAUUAAAGAAUGCAGUGAAGGCAUCUGAAAUUCCUCUACCAGUGGGAAAGGUCACUUUAAUUGAUGUGACUAAAUCUAGUGUCUCUCUAGCAUGGGAAAAACCAGAGCAUGAUGGUGGUAGCAGGAUUACAGGUUACUUAAUUGAAAUGCAGCCUAAAGGAACCGACAAAUGGGGUGUUACAACAUCAACAAAGACAUGUGAUGGCAUAGUUUCGGCACUAACAGCUGGUCAGGAAUACAGUUUCCGUGUUAUAGCAUAUAAUGAAAAAGGAAAAAGUGACCCAACACCACUGGCCGCACCUGUUAUUGCCAAUGAUUUAAAUAUUGAACCAAGUUUCAGAUUGCUGUUCAAUUCCUACAAUGUCAAAUCAGGGAAAGAUCUCAAGAUAGAAAUACCUGUGAUAGGCCGUCCUAAACCGAAAAUUGAAUGGAUGAAGGAUGGAGAAGCACUGAAACAAACUACAAGGGUGACUUACUCAAGUACACAUGUUUCAACUAUCCUUCAGAUCAAGGAAGCAAACAAAGAUGACCUUGGUAAAUACACAGUUACUGCAACAAAUAGUGCUGGUUCAACAACAGAAGAGAUUGGAAUCACAGUACUUGACAAACCUGGCCCCCCAAUGGGCCCCAUUAAAAUUGAUGAAGUAAGUAACAAUUUUAUUUCCAUUUCAUGGGAACCUCCUGAAUACACAGGUGGCUGUCAGGUAAAGAACUACAUUGUUGAAAAACGUGACACAACUACUACAACCUGGCAGGUUGUGUCUGCAUUGGUUGCUAGGACUGCUAUCAAGAUAACUAAACUGAAAACAGGUUCAGAGUUUCAGUUCCGAGUGACUGCUGAGAACAGAUAUGGAAAGGGCCCUUCACUGGACUCACCAUCAAUUGUUGUACAAUACCCCUACAAACUCCCAGGACCACCUAGCACCCCAUUUGUCAAAUCAGUAUCAAGGGACCACAUGGUUGUUGAAUGGAACAUACCAGUUAAUGAUGGUGGUGGUGCAAUUAUUGGUUACCACCUUGAAAGUAAAGAAAGAAACAGCGUUCUAUGGGUUAGACUGAACAAGAUUCUUAUUACUGAUACCAUCUUCAAAGUAAACAAUCUUGAAGAAGGAAAUGGAUAUGAAUACAGAGUUUUUGCAGAAAAUAUUAUUGGUGUUGGUAGAGCCAGCAAAGUUUCAGAAUGUUAUGUGGCUCGUGAUCCAUGUGAUCCACCUGGCACACCUGAACCUGUUGUCAUCUCUAAAAACCAAAUCACACUUCAAUGGACAAAACCAGAAUAUGAUGGUGGCAGCAAAGUCACUGGAUAUAUUGUAGAAAAAAGGGAUUUGCCUGAAGGUCGCUGGGUGAAAUCCAGCUUCACAAAUGUUAUUGAGACUGAGUUUACAGUCUCUGGAUUAACACAAGAUCAAAAGUAUGAAUUUAGAGUGAUUGCAAGAAAUGCAGCUGGUAUUUUCAGUGAGCCGUCUGAAAGCACUGGACCAAUUACUGCAACAGAUGAAGUUGAACCCCCACGUGUUUCUAUCGAUCCACAGUACAAGGAUGUUAUAGUAAUUAAUGCUGGUGAAACCCUUGUCCUUGAUGCUGAUAUUUAUGGAAAACCAGUGCCUGAUGUAACUUGGGCAAAAGAUGGAAAAGAAAUUGAAAAAAAUACGGCAAAGAUGGAGGUGAAAACUACAGUAAAACACACCAUGCUGGUUGUUAAGGAUUGCAAUAGAAAUGACAAUGGGCACUUUGAGCUUACCCUCAGUAAUAUUGGUGGAACAAAAACAAUACCAAUCACAGUGAAAGUUCUUGACAGACCAGGACCUCCAUCGGGUCCACUCCAAGUGACUGAUGUAACUGCGAACACAUGUUGCUUAUCCUGGAAUGAACCUUUGCAAUAUGGGGACAUUAAAGUUUCUCACUACAUUAUUGAAAAGAGAGAAACCAGUCGGCUAUCAUGGACUCUAACAGAAUCUAAAGUUCAAACCACCAGUUGUAAAGUGACUAAUCUCCUGACUAGUGAAGAGUACAUUUUCAGAGUUAUGGCAGUUAAUAAGUAUGGUGUGAGUGAACCUCUUGAAUCUGAGCCAGUGAUAGCACGCAGCCCAUUCAAGCCACCAAGUGCACCUUCUACUCCUGAAGCAAGUUCUAUAGCAAAGGAUUCCAUGGUCCUAACAUGGAAUCAGCCAGAGCAUAAUGGUGGAUCAGAAAUUGAAUGCUACCAUCUUCAGAAACGUGACAAAGAUAGCAUUAGAUGGAUAAAAUGUAAUAGACAGAAAUUGAACGAGCAACAUUUCAAAGUCACUGGACUUAUAGAGGGGCACUUCUAUGAGUUCAGAGUCUCUGCAGAAAACAAGGUUGGUAAAGGAGAGUCAAGUGAACCUUCAUUGUUCUACAGAGUCUGUGAUGCCACACGUCCACCUGGCCCACCAAAUCAUCCCAAAGUGAUGGAUCACACAAGCACAACUGUAUCUCUAUCUUGGAGCAAACCUAUGGAUGAUGGUGGUGCAUAUAUAAAAGCAUACUUGGUUGAAAUGAAAGAAGCAGCACUGGACGAAUGGGUUAUAUGUACCCCACCAACUGGUAUACAAGCAACACGCUAUGUUGUUGAAAAACUAAAGGAAAAUACUGAAUACAACUUCCGUAUAUGUGCAAUUAACUCUGAAGGAGUAGGAGAACCUGCUGACAUCCAUGGCUCUGUUGUUGCUGCUGAAAAAGUUGAAACUCCAGAAAUAGAACUAGAUUCAGACCUAAGGAAAGUUGUCUCCAUGCGUGCAGGUGGAACACUUCGUCUUUUUGUCACAAUCAGGGGUCGCCCUGUUCCUAAUGUCAAAUGGGAAAAGGAAGAAGGAUCUCUGACUGAAAAGACACAAGUUGAAACCACAAAUUCUUAUACAAUUCUUACCAUUGACAAUGUCAAUAGAUUUGACAGUGGCAAAUAUGUUUUGACUCUGGAAAACAACAGUGGCACAAAGUCUGCCUUUGUCAGUGUUAGAAUACUGGACUCACCAAGUGCACCCCUUAAUUUUGUAGUCAAAGACAUCACGAGAGAUUCAGUAACACUUCUGUGGGAGCAGCCUUUAACUGAUGGUGGAGCCAAAAUAACUAACUACAUAGUAGAAAAACGAGAAUCUGUAAGAAAGGCAUACACUGCAGUCACGAAUAAUUGCACACAGAAUAUGUUUGUAAUUAGUGAGCUCCAAGAGGGAGGUAUUUAUUACUUCCGUGUACGGGCUGUAAAUGAGCAUGGCAUUGGUUUGGCGGUAGAAACUAAGGAUCCAGUAAAGGUUGCCCAAGCUCCUAUGCCACCGGGUAAAGUUUCUGUUGUAGAUGUGACACGAAACAGUGUAACUCUGUCAUGGGAAAAACCAUCACAUGAUGGUGGUAGCAAAGUAAUAUGCUAUAAUGUAGAAAUACAAACUAAAGGCAGUGAUAAGUGGAAUGUGAGCACCACAACUAAAGGACUGGAAGCAACAGUUACUGGUCUUACAUCAGGUGAACAGCAUUCUUUCCGCAUUAUUGCUGUGAAUGAAAAAGGAAAAAGUGAACCAAAAGAACUGGGAGUACCUGUGAUUACAAAAGACAUACAGAUGGAGCCCACUCUUAACUUACUUUUCACUACUUAUAGUGUGAAUGCUGGAAAAGACCUUACAAUUGAAGUUCCAUUUAGAGGCAGACCUAAGCCUGCUGUUUCUUGGAAGAAGGAUGGUCUUCCUCUAAGGCAGACAUCCUCAAUAACUCUUUUAACAUCUGAAGCCUCAUCCAAAAUUUCCUUCAAGGAAGCUACUAGGGAUCAUGUUGGAAAAUAUGAAAUCACUUUAGCUAAUACUGCUGGCACCAAAUCAGUUGAAAUUGGUGUUGUUGUCCUUGACAAACCUGGCUCACCAACAGCACUGAAAGUAGAUACUGUUACUUCUGAAAGCAUAACCUUAUCCUGGAAUCCACCAGAGUAUGAUGGUGGAUGCAACAUCAACAACUAUAUUGUAGAGAAGAGGGACACUAUCACAACAGUAUGGGAGACUGUAUCAUCUGCAGUUGCUAGAACAUCAAUUAAAGUUUCUCGGUUGACACAUGGUUCAGAAUAUCAGUUCCGUGUAUAUGCUGUGAAUCGCUAUGGAAAGGGACCAUUUGUUGAGUCCUCAGGCAUUACUGCUCAGUAUCAAUUCAAGCUACCUGGUCCACCUGCUACACCACAGAUUGCCCAUGUAACUAAAGCAUUCAUGUUUGUUACAUGGAAUGAACCAGUAAAUGAUGGUGGAAGCCCAGUUCUUGGAUAUCACCUAGAGCGCAGGGAAAGAAGUAGUGUUCUUUGGAUAAAGAUGAACAGGAGGCUGAUCAAAGACACAGAAUUCAAGGUCACAGGAACUGAAGAGGGUUUGUUUUAUGAAUAUCGAGUCUAUGCAGAAAACAUUGCUGGUAUUGGUAAAUGCAGCAAAACCAGUGAACUGGUGGCAGCAAGAGACCCUUGUGACCCUCCUGGUAAACCCACUAUCACGAACAUCACUAAAACAUCUGUUUCAUUAUUAUGGACAAAGCCAGAGUAUGAUGGUGGAGCCAAAGUCACCGGUUACAUUGUUGAAAGGAGGGAACUUCCCCAGGGUCGUUGGUUGAGGUGCAAUUUCACCAAUAUCCAGGAAACAUACUUAGAUGUUACUGGCCUUACAGAAAACCAGCAAUAUGACUUCCAUGUCAUAGCAAAGAAUUCAGCAGGUUUAUUCAGUGAUCCAUCUGACUGCACAGGCCCUAUAACAGCCAAAGAUGAUGUGGAUCCACCACGGAUAAUGAUGGAUGUGAAGUUCAGAGAUGUCAUUGUGGUGAAAGCAGGAGAUGCAUUGAAAAUAUAUGCUGAUAUUUCUGGACGCCCCAUUCCAGUUGUUUCCUGGGCAAAAGAAGGUAAAGAGAUGGAGCCAAGGCCUAGAAUUGAGAUUUGUACAACAGACAUCAACACCACUUUAAUUGUUAAAGAUUGUGUCAGAAGUGACUCAGGACAGUAUAUCUUGAUGUUAAAAAAUGUGGCUGGAACAACAUCACUCCCCAUCAACUGCAAGAUCCUUGAUAAGCCAGGACCAUCAGCAGGACCACUGGAAGUCACUGGCCUUACAUCAGAAAAAUGCACAUUGAGUUGGGGACCCCCUCAUGAAAUAGGUGGUGCAGAAAUCACCCACUACAUUGUUGAGAAACGUGAAACAAGCCAUUUGGCUUGGACACUGGUAUACGGAGAGAUGAAGGCAACAACUUGCAAAGUUACUAAACUUCUCAAAGGCAGUGAGUACACCUUCAGAGUUUUAGCUGUGAACAAAUUUGGAAUUGGUGAAGCCCUGGAAAGUGUCCCCAUUAAGGUAUUAGAUCCAUUCACGGUCCCAUCUGCACCCACACGGGUGGAGGUUGCGAAUGUGAGCAGUGAGGCAAUGACAAUCUGCUGGGAGAAACCUACUUCUGAUGGAGGCAGUGAAAUCACCAGCUACAACAUUGAAAGGCGUGAGAAGUCUGGCAUGCACUGGAUACGAAUCAACAAAAAGCCAGUGACUGAUAUCACAUUCAGAGCAACAAACCUCCGUCAUGGAUGUGACUAUGAAUACCGUGUCAUUGCUGAAAAUGCUGCUGGUUUAAGUCUUCCAAGUGAUCCAUGCCCACUGACUACAGCAGAGGACCCCCGCUUCCCACCAUCACCUCCCACUAAACCAAAGGUGGUUGAUUCAACCAAAGACUCCAUCAGUAUUAUUUGGAACAAGCCACUGUCCGAUGGGGGAAGCCCUGUACUUGGAUACAGGGUGGAAUAUAAGAAAACAGAGGACACAGGCUGGAUUGUAGCUGUCCCAAGCACAAGAAAUACUGAGUUUACAGUUGGUGGACUUUCACCUGGAGCAGAAUAUAUGUUUAUUGUCAAGUCCAUCAGUAAGAUUGCUGUCAGUAAUCCAAGUCUGGCCUCAGAGCCCCACAUUGCAAAGGAGAGAGAAGAAGAGCCAGUGUUUGAUGUGGACAUUGAAAUGCGCAAAAUAAUUCUUGUUAAACAUGGCAACUCUUUUACCCUUACUGUGCCAUUCAAGGGAAAACCAGUCCCAAGUGUUCUGUGGGAAAAAGAAGAAGUUAAUCUGAAGGAGAUAGCAAGCAUUGACACAAGUGAUACCUGCACAAAACUUACAAUAGAAAAUGCCACAAGAUUUGACUCUGGAAAAUAUACUGUAACAUUGCAGAAUCCAAUUGGAACUGCUGCUUUGACACUUGCUGUCAAAGUACUUGACUCUCCUGGGCCACCAUCACAAAUUAAGAUCACAGAUGUCACAAAAGAUUCAGUAACAGUAACAUGGGAAGCACCAGAAAAUGAUGGUGGUGACCCAAUUAAAAACUACCAUGUAGAGAAGCGUGAGGCAAGCAAAAAGGCAUGGGUGAGUGUGACAAACAACUGCCAUACUAUGAGCUACAAAGUAGAAGACUUACAAGAGGGAGCCAUCUAUUACUUCAGAAUAAUUGGUGAAAAUGAAUUUGGAAUUGGUAUUCCCUUGGAAACCAAAGAUGGGAUGAAGAUUACAGAAAAACCAAGUGCACCAGCAAGACUUGGAGUUGCUACAGUAACAAAAGAUAGUGUUUCAUUAUCUUGGAGUAGACCAGAGCAUGAUGGAGGCAGCAGGAUUACUGGCUACGUUAUUGAGGCUAUUGAAAAAGGACAGAAGAAGUGGGUCAAGUGUGCUGUGGUUAAAGCUAAUGUUCACGUUAUUCGUGGACUGAGGGAGAAUGUCGAGUAUUUCUUCAGAGUCUGUGCCGAAAACCAUGCUGGGCUAAGUGAACCCAAAGAGAUGAUUGUGCCUGUGCUUAUAAAAGACCAGCUUGAAGCCCCAGAGUUUAAUAUGGAGAACUUCCCUCGUAAUACAGUCUAUGUCAGAGCAGGAGCUAACCUCAAAUUUGAAAUACCUUUCACUGGUAAACCUUUGCCAAAGGUUACUAUUUCAAAAGAAAAUAUUGCUUUGAAAUCCACCAAGAGGUUUAAAUAUGAAGUCACUCCUGAUGGUCUGGUGAUGAACCUUGAGGAAUGUGUCACUGGUGAUGCUGGCAAGUAUGAGAUUACUGCCUCCAACACAAGCGGAGUGACCAAGACUUUUGUGAACAUUCUGGUUUUGGAUAGGCCUGGUCCUCCAAUUGGACCUGUCAAAAUUGGGGAGGUCACUGGGCACAGUGUGAGCCUUACAUGGCUUCCCCCCAUGUAUAGUGGUGGCAGUCCUGUCACGAAUUACAUCAUACUUAAGCGUGAGACAAGCACUCCUACCUGGACAGAGGUGUCCUCUACAGCUGCGAGAAGUGCAAUAAAGGUGACAAAAUUAACCAAAGGGGAAGAAUACCAAUUCAGAAUCAAAGCAGAAAACCGCUUUGGCAUCAGUGAUCACAUUGACUCUGUGAGUGUAACAGUAAAGCUCCCAUACACAAUUCCUGGGCCUCCUUCAACACCAUGGGUCAGUUUUGUCUCCAGGGAGAGCCUCACUGUCUGCUGGCAUGAACCUGUGUCUGACGGAGGAAACCAUGUCUUCGGUUACCACUUACAGAUGAAAGAAAGAUCUAGUGCUCUGUGGCAGAAGAUUAAUAAAGUUUCCAUUAGUGCCACACAAUAUAAAGUAACAAACAUAUCCCCUGGCCAUAUCUAUGAGUUUAGAGUGGCUGCAGAAAAUGCUGCUGGAAUAGGUAAAAUUAGUAAAACUUCAGAGGAAGUCCUAGCAAUCGAUGCUUGUGAACCUCCAGCUAAUCUGCGUGUCUCUGAAACAACAAAGAACACUGUCACACUUGUUUGGCAGAAGCCUCAUUAUGAUGGUGGAAGCAAGAUCACUGGAUAUGUUGUUGAGCGGAGAGAAUCUCCAAAAGGCAGAUGGACAAAGGCCAAUUUCUCUAAUGUCAUUGAAACAAAUUUCAUUGCAUCUGGCUUAACUCAGGAUGAGUCAUAUGAAUUCAGAGUGUUUGCAAGGAAUGCAGUUGGUUCUCUCAGCAAUCCAUCACUGAUUGCAGGGCCAGUUAAAUGUGUUGAUGUACAGGGAGCUCCUGAGAUCGACCUCCCUCCAGAGUAUCUGGACGUGGUGAAGUACAAGGCCGGAAAAGUGGUCAAGAUUCAUGUUGGAAUCAUUGCCAAACCACUCCCGACAAUCGAGUGGUACAAAGAUGGUAAGGAAUUGGUGUCAAGUGCUCAGGUGUCCAUUGAGAGCAGUACAGACACCUCAGGAUUUCUCAUCAAAGAUGCCAGCCGCCACCAUACUGGAUUGUAUGAAAUCAAGAUCAAGAAUCCAUUGGGCUCAGCUUCUGCAUCCAUCAGAUUACAAAUUCUAGAUGUACCUGGUUCCCCAGCUGGAAAUAUUGAAUUUAAGUCUGUCACAGAAGACAAGAUUACCAUAUCUUGGGAGCCUCCCACUGAUGAUGGUGGUGCAAAGGUCACCCACUACAUUGUGGAAAAACGAGAGACAAGCAGAGUUGCAUGGUCAGUCAUAUCCGAAGAGAUGGAAGAACACACUGUAUCAGUUGAGAAAUUGGUCAGGGGCAAUGAGUAUGUAUUCCGAGUAAGAGCUGUCAACAAGUUUGGAGUUGGAGAACCUUUGGAAUCUGAGCCUGUUAUUGCCAAGAAUGCAUUUGUCACACCUGGACAACCAGGUACACCAGAAGUGACUGCAAUUACCAGAUCAACCAUGACCGUUGUCUGGGACAAACCAGGUGUGGAUGGUGGCAGUCUAGUCAUUGGAUACUGCCUGGAGAAACGUAACAAGAAGAGUUUACGGUGGCAAAAGGUCUUCAGAGAUCCUGUUUCUGGCACCACACAAAAAAUUCACAACCUAACAGAAGGAAAUGAGUAUCAGUAUCGUGUGUAUGCAAUUAACAAGGCUGGAGAGGGUCCAUUUUCUACUUCCUCUGACUUCUACAAAGCAGCUGAUCCAGUUGACCCGCCAGAUGAACCAACUAAGCUAAAAGUGAUUGACUCAACUAAAACAUCAAUCACCCUCGGUUGGGCAAAACCGGAAUACAAUGGAGGCAGUGAGAUCACCAGUUAUGUUGUUGAAAAGAGAGUGGCUGAAGAAGCAGAAUGGGUUGUGGUCAGCACUAAGGGUGAAGUGAGAACAACAGAGUAUGUAGUGUCACAGCUUAAGCCUGAUGUGGAUUACUACUUCCGUGUAUCAGCUAUUAACUGCGCUGGAUGUGGGCAGCCAAUUGAGAUGAUUGAGCCUGUUCAAGCUAAAGAUGUUCUUGAGGAAGCUCAGAUAGACCAAGAUAUUGCUAUGAGGACACAAUACACGGUGAAGGCAGGAACAAAUGUGGAAAUCUUGGUUCCACUAAAGGGUAGACCUGCACCAAGUGUCAUCUGGAAAAAGGAAGAAGAGAACAUCAGCAGUGAUCCAAAAUAUGACAUACAUAACACAGAAUCUUCAACACUGCUUGUCAUUAACCAGGUCACUCGCAAUGACACUGGCAAAUACAUCCUCCACAUUAAUAAUGGUGUAGGCGAGCCGAAAACAGUAACCGUGUCUGUUAAAGUGCUUGACACUCCAUCAGCUUGCCAGAAACUGGUGCUGAAGGAUGUCACUCGUGGCAAAGUAACUCUUAGCUGGGAACCUCCUCUCCUUGAUGGAGGUGCACCAAUUACUAAUUAUGUCAUUGAAAAGAGAGACUCAACCAAGCGAUCAUUCUCAAGUGUAGCUAAGUGUACAACUACUGCAUAUGAGAUUGAUGAACUCUCUGAGAAGUCUUCCUACUUCUUCCAUGUCUUAGCUGAGAAUGAAAAUGGCAUUGGUGAUCCAUGUAGUACUACAGAGCCAGUAAAGGCCACGGAGACUCCAGGACCAGUGAAAGAUAUCUCAAUGAAAGACUCAACGAAAACCUCAGUAACAUUGCAGUGGAAGAAGCCUGAUUAUGAUGGUGGCAGCAUUAUAAAUGAUUAUAUCAUUGAGAAAAGACUCCAGAGCGAAGAAGCAUGGGAAUUUGCAGGGACCAGCAAGCAUUGUGAAUAUGAGAUUAAAAAGCUCAAAGAACUAACAGUCAUGCAAUUCCGAGUAUGUUCCAAGAAUGAAAAGGGACAGAGUGACUUUAGAGAGUCUGAGCAUAUCAUAGUUAAAGACUAUAUCAUUCCUCCUGAGGCUGACCUAUCAGAAUAUCCAGAGGGUGAACUCAGCGUGCGAAUUGGACACAAAGUGCAUAUUGAACUUCCAUACAUGGGUAAGCCAAGGCCUUCUACUGAGUGGCUAAAAGACAACCUUCCUUUAAAGGAGAGUGACCAAAUUCGCUUUAAGAAAACAGAAAAUAAGGUGACCCUUAUGAUCAAGGAUGUUAAAAAAGACGAUGGAGGAAAAUAUACACUUACUCUUGAUAAUAAAGUCAACCGGAGAUCAUUCCAUAUCCAGCUCCUUGCUCUUGGACCUCCUUCCAAACCUAUUGGCCCAAUCCGAUUUGAUGAGAUCAGAGCUGAAAGCAUAAUAAUAUCUUGGGAUGAACCUAAUGACAAUGGAGGUGGAGAAAUCACCUGCUACAGUGUGGAGAAACAUGACACUUCCCAGGAUACCUGGAAGAUGGUUUGUUCAGCUGUGGUUGGAACUACAUUUAAGGUGCCUAACUUAAUUAAAGGAACGGGAUAUCAGUUUAGGGUAUGUGCAGAAAACAGAUAUGGCGUGAGCGAGCCUCUAGUGUCACAUAAUGUGCUUGCAAAACAUGAGUUCAGACCACCCGGCCCCCCAGGAAGGCCAUUGGUAUACAACAUUACUAAUGAUGGCAUGACAAUUCAGUGGGACAAACCUGUUUAUGAUGGUGGCUCACCAAUCAUUGGCUUCCAUGUUGAGAGGAAGGAGAGAAACAGUGUUAUGUGGCAAAAAGUAAACACUGUCAUAAUAACUGAAAGAAACUACAGAAUCAUUGGCCUUCUUGAAGGACUGGAGUAUCAGUUCAGAGUCUAUGCGCAGAAUGACUCUGGAUAUAGUCGAGUGAGUGAAGCCAGCAAGUAUACCACGGCAGUAUCUCCAGUUGACAUACCAGGCACGCCAGAUUAUACUGAUAUAACAAGUGAAUCUGUGACACUAAAAUGGGAUGCACCUAAGCACGAUGGAGGCAGCAAAAUUGUGGCCUACAAUGUGGAAAAACGCCAAGGAGAUGGCCGUUGGCUGAAGUGCAACUUCUCUGAUGUCCAUGAAUGUCACUUCACAGUGACGGGUCUUGCUUGUGGCGAGCGAUAUGAAUUCCGAGUCACAGCAAGAAAUGCUGUUGGCACUAUCAGUCCACCUUCCCAGUCUUCUGGCUACAUUCUAGUCAGAGAUGAAAAUGUUCCUCCAAACAUUGAAUUUGGCAAGGACCUCUUUGAGGGUCUCACAGUCAAAGCAGGGGAAAGCAUCAGACUUAAAGUUUCAGUUACUGGAAGGCCAGUGCCUAAAGUAACAUGGUUUAAGGAUGAAACAGAAAUCAACAAAAGGAUGAUGAUUGAAAUUACAACAAUUUCUGGAUCAAGCACUCUUUUCAUCAGAGAUGGUGACCGUAGUCAUCGUGGUAUAUACAGGGUGGAAGCUACAAAUAGCUCUGGAACUAAGAAGGAGAAGAUUAAUGUCCAAGUUCUAGAUAAACCUGGUGAGCCUUCAGGGCCUAUUACCUUCACAAACAUCUCAGAAGGAAAAGCAACCCUGUCUUGGAGUCCCCCUGAAAAUGAUGGCUGCUCCCCCAUCACGCACUAUAUCAUUGAGAAACGGGAAACUUCCAAAAUCUCCUGGACUCUCGUAACAGACCAGUGUGAUACCUGCUCAUACAAUGCUACAAAGCUGCUCAAGACCAAUGAAUAUCAGUUCCGUGUUUCUGCCGUCAACAAGUUCGGUGCAAGCAGGCCAUUGGAAUCUAACCCAAUCAUAGCCCAAAUGCAGUAUACUGUUCCUGAUGCUCCUGGCACACCUGAUUCAACCGGUAUUACAGGUGACAGCAUUACAUUGUCCUGGGAACCACCGGGCUCUGAUGGAGGAAGUGCAAUUAAAUACUACAUUUUAGAAAAACGUGAGAAGAAGACUUUGCGCUGGAUAAAGGUUUUGUCAAGGAGGCCUAUCACCGAGCCAGCCCAUAGAGUGACAAGUCUUACGGAAGGUCAUGAGUAUGAAUUCCGAGUGAUGGCCAUAAAUGAUGCCGGAAUCAGUACACCAAGCAAUACAUCAGUUCUUAUAAAAUGCUGUGAACCGACCACCGUGCCCACCCUUCCGUCUGUGGUGAAUGUGAAAGAUUCUACAAACACAUCUGUCAGUUUAGAAUGGACAAAACCUGCAUCUGAUGGUGGUAUGGAGAUUAUCGGAUACACUAUUGAGAAGUGUAAAGCAACCUCAAAAGAAUGGGAAAAAGUCAACACUGAAUAUUGUACCACUAAUAGGUACACUGUAACAGAUCUGGCAAGUGGUGAAGAGUACAAAUUCCGUGUCUUUGCGGUAAACAAAGCAGGGAAGGGAGAAGCCCGGGAGAUUUUGGAACCUGUACAGGUUGUGGACAGGCUUUCAGGUCCAGAGUUUGAAAUUGAUGCAAGUUUCAAACAGACACAUGUUGUGAAGAAUGGUGGUAUUGUCCAUCUGCAUAUUGCUUUCAAAGGUAGACCUGUCCCUAUAGCUACAUGGAAGAAGGUACAAGGAGAACUUAGUGUAAUGGCAGAUGUUAGCACCACAGAGAAUUAUACUACCUUGACGAUUGACAAUUGUAAUAGAGAUGAUUCUGGACAAUACACCCUCACUCUUGAGAACAGUGCUGGCAGCAAUUGUACAACAUUUAUAGUAAAAGUGUUAGACUCACCUGGGCAACCUGGACCACUCUCCUUCAUGGAUGUCACAAGAGGAGCUCUGACCCUAAAAUGGGAUGCCCCAAGUAAUGAUGGAGGAGCUCGAAUUCAUCACUACAUUGUUGAGAAACGUGAGGCUAGCCGACGUUGUUGGCAGGAAGUCAGAAAGUCCUCUGUUCAAAUGUUAAGAGUUACUGAUUUGUUAGAAGGUGUUCCAUACUUCUUCAGAGUCUUUGCAGAAAAUCAGUAUGGCCAGGGUGAAGCAUUUGAAACUGUUGAUCCAGUCAUUGCCACAGCAGAACCUGCUCCACCAAAGAGACUGGACAUUGUGGACACAACAGAUUCCACUGCUACCCUUGCUUGGUUGAAACCUGAGCAUGAUGGUGGAAGUCGUAUCAUUGGCUAUAUUAUUGAAACCAAAGCAAAGGGCACCAAUAAUUGGGUUGUUGGUGGUCACACUAAUUCUCUAAGUAUGGUCAUUGAGGGCCUUGCCGAAAACACAGAAUAUGAAUUCUGCGUCAAGGCCAAGAAUGAUGCUGGCUUCAGUGAACCAAGAGAAGCACUUGCAUCUGUCAUCAUUAAAGAACCUCGUAUUGAGCCAACUGCAGAUCUCAGUGGUAUUACUGAGCAACUUAUUACAUGCAAAUCAGGAACUACUUUCACUAUUGACGUUCCUAUUAGUGGGAGGCCAGUGCCUAAGGUGACUUGGAAGCUUGAAGAAAUGAGACUUAAGGAGACGGACCGAGUCUCACUUAAAACCACAAAAGACAGGACCACCUUGAUAGUCAAGGAGUGCAUGAGGGGUGAUGGAGGCAAAUAUUUCCUUAACCUUGAAAAUAUCGCUGGAUCCAAAACCUUUACAGUCACUGUCAAUGUUAUUGGCAGACCAAGUGCACCCACAGGACCCAUUCAGGUCUCAUCAAUCACAUCAGAGUCCUGUGUGUUGACUUGGGAACCACCUGAAGAUGAUGGUGGCACUGAUAUCACCAAUUACAUCAUAGAAAAGCGUGAAUCUGGCUCUACUGCCUGGCAGCUUGUGAAUUCUAGUGUGAAGCGCACAAAAUUCCAGGUCUCCCGUCUGACUAAAUACAUGCAGUAUACUUUCCGUAUCUCAGCUGAAAACAGAUUUGGUGUAAGCAAGCCCACUGAAUCUGAGACUAUUAUUGCUGAGCAUCCCUUCGUUCCUCCAAGUGCCCCCACACGGCCUGAAGUCUUUUCUGUGAGCGCAAACUACAUGAGUAUUCGCUGGGAGGAGCCAUAUCAUGAUGGUGGCAGUAAGGUGAAUGGUUACUGGAUUGAAAAGAAGGAACGCAACACAAUUCUUUGGGUCAGAGAAAACAAGGUCCCAUGUUUUGAGUGCUACUACAAAGUGACUGAACUUUCUGAAGGCCUUGAGUACCAGUUCAGAGUUUAUGCAAUGAAUGCUGCAGGCCUAAGCAAGCCAAGCGAAGCCUCCAAGAGAAUGGUGGCUCAGAACCCAGUUGAUCCAGCUGGCAAACCAGAAGUGACUAAUGUCACGAGAUCCACUGUAUCCCUUAAGUGGACUGCACCGUUAAAUGAUGGCGGCAGUCCGAUAGUGGGCUACAUUGUAGAGCGCAAACCAUACACCAGUACAGGUGAGGGUCGCUGGCUUAAGUGCAACUACACAAACAUUACAGAGAUGAACUUCACUGUGACAGCUCUGGGUGAGGGUGAAGUCUAUGAGUUCCGGGUGAUUGCAAAGAAUACAGCUGGAGUUCACAGCCUGCCCUCUCUUUCUACUGGCUCCGUGCAGUGCAAGGCAGAAUACAGUCCGCCUACAGUUGAACUUGACAGCAAAAUUCUUGCAGGAACACUUACUGUUAGAUCAGGGUCAGACCUUGUACUUGAUGCUGCUGUUGGUGGUAAACCUGACCCCAAGGUCUUCUGGGCUAAAGGAGAUAAAGAACUAGAGCUUUGUGAGAAGUACUUCUUACAGUACACUAACACACGUGCUAUGGCUAUCAUUAAGUUCUGUGACAGAAACGAUUCUGGAAUUUACAACCUGACAGUGAAGAAUGCCAGUGGUGUCAAGACUGCAACAGUAAAAGUUAAAGUCCUGGAUUCACCUGGACCUUGUGAAGACAAGAUCACUAUUAGUGACAUUUCUGAGCAAAAAUGCACUUUGUCUUGGAAGAAACCAUUGCAGGAUGGUGGAGAUGAGAUCUCACAUUACAUUGUUGAGAGACGUGACACCAACCGUCUCAACUGGGUUAUAAUGGAACCUGAGUGUAAGAGCCUAUCUUGUGUCAUCUCCAAGAUGAUAAAGAAUCAUGAAUACCUCUUCCGAGUUAGAGGUGUAAACAAGUAUGGUUCUGGCAUACCACUGCAGUCUGAAUCUGUUGUUGCCAGAAAUACAUUCACUGUGCCGUCCCCUCCAGGCGCACCAGAAAUUAUAGCCAUAGGAAAUGAUUCUGCCACUAUUGAGUGGCUGAAGCCUGAGAACAAUGGUGGCAGUGAGAUAACCAAUUACUUAAUAGAGAAACAUGAAAGGAAGGCCAUCAGAUGGACAAAGGUCAACAGAGAUUUCACUAUAAGUGGCACCUCAUUCAAAGUCACUGGUCUUCAGACUGGUGGCGUUUACCAGUUCCGUGUUAUGGCCAUUAAUGAAGCUGGAGACAGUGAGCCCAGUGAAGUGUCCCUCUAUGCUGUGUGCAGGGAGAUGACCUUUGUGCCAGCUCCUCCCUCAAUCCCAAGAGUGACGGACACAACACAGGACAGCGUCAGCCUGGCUUGGACGAGGCCAACAGAAGAUGGUGGUGCAGAUGUGAUAGGUUAUGUGCUUGAAAUGCAAGAAGUAGGAGCAGAGCAGUGGAGUAAAGCUCAUGAAAAAACACUGAGGGUGCCGGAAUACACCGUUAUAGGUCUUGCCAGCUGUAAGAAAUAUGUCUUCAGAGUAGCUGCAAUUAAUGUCAAUGGUACUGGGGAUUUCAGUGAUCCCUGCAGUGAAACGGAGCCUGUGGAGAGACUCGAAGCACCUGAUCUUGAGCUUUCUGAUGAGCUGAAGAAGACUAUCUGCUUAAGAGCUGGCAGUUUGCUCCGAAUGUGUGUCACUGUGACUGGAAGACCUACUCCAGUUGUCACUUGGAGCAAACCUGAUGUGGAUCUUCAGAACAGAGGAUUUAUUGAAGUCACCAAGCAUCACUCGACUUUGAUUAUAGACAAAGUACAUCGCUAUGAUGCUGGCAAAUACACCAUUGAAGCAGAUAAUUCAUCGGGAAAGAAGUCAGCCAGUAUUCUUGUGAAGAUUUAUGAUACACCUGGGCCACCUGGAGCUCUUAAAAUUAAGGAACUCACAAAGGAUUCAGCUUUGAUUGCUUGGGAUGCUCCAAGUGUUGAUGGUGGAGCACCAGUUAAUAACUACAUUAUUGAAAGACGGGACACAUCAAUGAGAGCCUAUAAGACAGUGACAUCUAAAUGUCACAAGACAUCAUACAGAAUCACAGGUCUUACAGAAGGAAUGCUUUAUUACUUUAGAGUCUUGCCAGAGAACAUAUACGGUAUUGGUGAGCCUUGUGAAACCAGUGACGUUGUGCUAGUAUGUGAGGUACCCAUGGUUCCACAGAAACUGGACAUUGUAGAUAUCACAAAGUCCACUGUUACAUUGGCAUGGGAAAAACCACUUCAUGAUGGUGGCAGUAGGAUUACUGGCUAUGUAAUUGAAGCUUGCCGAUUUGGAAUAGACAAGUGGAUGAAGGUGGCUACUUUGAAGAUGACAGAUUUCCAGCAUACCAUUGUUUCUCUGAAUGAGCAUGAGCAGUACCUUUUCAGGGUCAGAGCCAUGAACAGUAGGGGAGUAAGUGAACCAAGAGAGAUCGUAACUGCUGUAACUGUCCAAGAACAAAGAGUAUUGCCCAAGAUUGAUCUGUCUGCCAUUCCUCAGAAGUCUAUCAGUUUGUUGGCAGGGAAACCAAUUGAACUGUGCCUGCCAAUCAUCGGUAGACCUCCUCCGGUCUGUUCAUGGUACUUUGGUGAUGUAAAAUUGAAAAUACAUAAACGUGUCAAGAUUGAAAGCACAGGAAAAUAUUCCAAGUUGACGGUGAGCAAUACCACAAUUGAUGACACAGGCGAUUACACACUUGAGUUGAAUAAUGCCAUGGGAAGUGCCUCAGAGAUCAUCAAAGUGAUCAUUCUAGACCAACCUGAUGAGCCUACAGGUCCAGUCAGGUUUGAUGAGAUCGACGCCACAUCUGUCACUAUUUCCUGGCAUCCACCCCAGAGAGAUGGUGGUGCCCCUCUCACUAACUAUAAUGUUGAGAUGCGCGAUGCUCAUCGUCCGGGAUGGAUUCCUGUGUCUGAAUCUGUGAGCAGACCUACCUACAAGUUCACCAAUCUGACUGAGGGAGAUGAGUAUGUGUUCCGUGUCGCUGCCACAAAUCGCUUUGGCACUGGAUCAUUCUUGCAGUCUGAUCUCGUGGUAUGCAAGAGCACCAAGACUAUACCUGGGCCACCUGGAAGACCAGAUGUGUUUGACGUCUCUCGAGAUGGCAUGACUAUUGCCUGGCUCCCUCCUGAUGAAGACGGGGGCUCCAAGGUAUCUGGAUAUAUCAUUGAGCGUAAAGAAGUCAGAGCUGAUCGAUGGGUGCGUGCUAACAAGAAUCCAGUGACGAUGACCAGAUACAGAUCUACUGGUCUGAUUGAAGGCCUUGAGUAUGAACACAGAGUUACAGCCAUUAACUCUAGGGGUAUUGGAAAACCCAGCCUUGUCUCGAAACCUGCGGUGGCAACAGAUCCUGUCGAUCCCCCUGGGUCUCCACAAAACCCUAGAGUUGUAGAUACAACAAGGACAUCUGUGUCUCUGGCCUGGAGUCCACCAGAUGAGGAAGGAGGCUCCAAAGUCACGGGCUAUUUAAUAGAAAUGCAGAAGGUUGGUUCGUUCAAUUGGAUCAAAUGUAACACAACGCCCUCAUUGAUCUGUGAGUACACACUCACGCAGAUGCCACAGGGUGAGGAGUUCAAAUUCCGUAUAUUGGCUUGUAAUGCCGGUGGAUCAGGGGAACCUGCUGAAGUCCCAGGCACUGUCAAAGUUACAGAGAUGCUGGAACCUCCUUCUUACGAUCUAGAAACCAAGUACAAAGAUGACAUUAUUGUCAGGCAGGGUGGAGUAAUCAGGCUAUGCAUACCCAUCAAGGGCAAACCAAACCCUAUCUGCAAAUGGACAAAAGACGGUUGUGAGCUUCCCCAGAAAUCAAUGAUUGCUACCAGUGAAGAUAACACUGAGCUUGUACUCAAGGAAGCCAUCAGAGAAGACAGUGGAACCUACAGUCUCAUGCUAGAGAAUAAGUGUGGCAAAAAAAUGGUGCAUAUAAAAGUGAAAAUUAUUGGGCCCCCAGCACCACCGGAAGGUCCACUUAGAUUUGAUGACAUACAAGCUCAUUCUGUAAAAGUAAGCUGGAAACCUCCUGCAGAUGAUGGUGGCUCAGAAAUACUUGGCUACAUUGUUGAGAGACGUAAGGUUCCCAAAGCUGCCUGGUACACAGUAGAUACAAGGGUGGUUGACACAUCUGUGGUUGUGAAGGGACUGAAAGAGAACAUUGAGUAUGAAUUCAAGGUGACAGCUGAGAACCAGUUUGGCACUAGCAGAUAUCUGAAAUCAGACCAAAGUGUGACACCAAAGACACCUCUGUGUCCACCAGAACCUCCAAGUAGCCCACCAGAAAUUCUGGAUGUCACAAAGAGCUCUGUUGCUCUAGCAUGGGGAAGACCCAAGUAUGAUGGUGGUUCUGCUGUUACUGGCUAUUUUAUUGAACUUAGAGAAGCAGGCACUGAGAAGUGGAAACGCCAUGAAACUCAAGUUACUACUACCAUGUACACCCUCUCUGGGCUCACUCCUGAGAAGGAAUACCAUUUCCGUAUUGUAGCCAAAAAUGAAAUUGGCGAGAGCGACCCAGGGCCUUCAUCAGAUUCUAUAAUUUGCAAAGACCCAUUUGACAAACCAAGCCAGCCAGGUGAGAUCGAUGUAGUCAUAGUUACAAAAGACUAUAUUUCCAUCCGAUGGGAGCGUCCAGAAUGCGAUGGUGGAAAGGAGAUCCUAGGUUACUGGGUUGAGUACAGGAUGUCUGGAGAAAGUACAUGGCGGAAAUGCAACAUAGAACAUACAAAGAACAAAGAGUUUACUGUAGGUGGUCUCAAAGAUGCCACUGAAUAUGAAUUCAGAGUGUUUGCUGAAAAUGAAACUGGAAUCAGCAGACCACGGAGGACUGCUACAGCAAUUAAAACUCAGCUGAGUGUUGCAGAUAAACCAAGCCUACGGAAAGAGAUUGAGGAAGUCACUGUCAAGCUAGGACAGCAUGCCACACUGAAGUGCCAGAUCAUUGGCAGACCUUUGCCAGAGAUAAAAUGGUACCGGCAUGGAAAGGAGCUACUUGAGAGCCGGAAGUACGCGAUGAGUAGUGAUGGUCGCACUCAUUCACUUAAAGUGUUGGCUGAUGCCCAGGAGGAUGAAGGGAUUUAUACAUGUAAAGCUGUCAAUGAGGCUGGAGAGACAGAAACAAGUGGAAAACUUGUCUUGGAGGCUCCUCCACAGAUCAACCCAGGCUACCCUCUAAAGGAAAAAUACUAUGCAGGCUGUGGUACAAGUCUGCGUCUGCACGUCGUGUAUAUUGGACGCCCUGAACCAAAGAUUAUGUGGUUCCACAACACCAAACCUCUAGAACCUUCUAAUAAAGUCAUAAUUGAAAAUACAGAUCAUUACACCCAUCUGGUCAUCAAGGAUGUGCAUCGCAAGGAUGCUGGAAAAUAUAAAGUGUGGUUCAGAAAUCUGUUUGGUACAGUUGACACUAUACUUGAUGUCGAUAUUCAAGAUAAACCAGGAAAACCUGAAGGACCAAUUGUAGUUGAUGCUCUUUUAAAGAACUCUGUAAUAAUCAGCUGGAAACCACCAGCUGAUGAUGGUGGAGCUCUGAUAACAAACUACAUUGUAGAAAAGCGUGAAGAACCUGAAGGCGAGCCAUGGCUUCUAGUAUCAUCAUCAAUAUCAGGAACAUCAUGCAGAGUUCCCAAUCUUACUGAGGGAGCUGGUUAUUACUUCCGUGUUUCUGCUCAAAACCGCUAUGGCAACAGUGAUCCUCUAGAUAUUCCUGAAGUUGUCCUUAUUAAGAGUCAGUUAGAUAAACCUGGAGUGCCACAACAACUAAAUGUUUCUGGAAUAACCAAAGACUCCUGUGUGGUGUUUUGGAAGCCACCUAUCAGUGAUGGAGGUUCUAAGAUUAAAAAUUACUGCCUUGAGAAGCGAGAUAAGAAAUCAAACCAAUGGACUGCAGUGACUACUGAUGAAAUUCAUCAAACGGUCUACUGUGUCAAGGGACUUGUUGAAGGCUUGUCAUAUGAAUUCAGAGUAAAAUGCGAAAAUCUUGGGGGAGAGAGUUAUUGGACUGAAGCUUCUACACCUAUUAUUCCAAAAUUAGAUGUUGAGAUCCGUGCUCCUGCCUUCAAAGAAGAACUGAGAAACAUGAGUGUCAAAUAUAAGAGCAAGGCAACCUUAGUUUGCAAGAUCAGUGGACAACCUAAGCCUGUGGUUAAGUGGUACAAACGUGGUAAAGAAGUUCAUUCAGAUGGCGAGAAAAUAACUGUUCAGGAAUUCAAAGGUGGCUAUCAUCAGCUCGUCAUCAAUGCUGCCGAUGAAGAAGAUUCCACUGCUUACCAGGUUCGGGCAACAAACCAGGGAGGGUCAAUUGCUGCAACUGUUUCUCUGGAUGUUGAAGUACCCGCCAAGAUUCAUCUGCCCAAAAAUCUUCAAGAAAAAGAAGCAGUACAUGCUCUCCGUGGUGAAGUGGUCAGCAUCAAGAUUCCAUUCAGUGGAAAGCCUGAUCCAGUGAUUACUUGGCAGAAAGGACAAGAUCUCAUUGAUAAUAAUGGAUACUAUCAAGUAAUUGUUACAAGAUCAUUCACAUCCUUGGUUUUCUCUAAUGGAGUUGAAAGGAAGGAUGCUGGUUUCUAUAUUGUCUGUGCAAAGAACAGAUUUGGCAUUGACCAGCAGACAGUUGAGCUUGAUGUUGCAGACGUGCCAGAUCCACCGAGAGGUGUCAAAGCCAGUGAUGUCUCCAGGGACUCUGUCACACUAAACUGGUGUGCACCAGCUAGUGAUGGUGGAAGCAAAGUCACCAGCUACAUUGUGGAGAAAUGUGCUACCACAGCGGAAAAAUGGAUGCGUGUAGCCCAAGCGCGUGAUACACACUACACAGUCAUUAAUCUGUUUGGAAAGACAAGUUACCAAUUCCGUGUUAUUGCUGAAAACAAAUUUGGGCAAAGUGAGCCAUCCGAGCCUACAAGUCCAGUUGUAACAAAGGAAGACAAGUCACGAGUCCUGAAUUAUGAUGAGGAAGUGGAUGACGUUACAGAAGUCUCGACGAGUAAAGCUCCAAAUUCAGAAAUGAAGAACUUAUAUAACAAGUAUAUGAUUGCUGAGGAAUUAGGGCGAGGAAACUUUGGCAUAGUUCAUCGCUGCAUUGAAAUAAGCUCAGAGAAAACCUUCAUGGUUAAAUUUGUAAAAGUAAAAGGUGCUGAUCAAGCCAUUGUAAAGAAGGAAAUUGCCACACUUAACCUCUCUCGACACAAGAACUUCUUGUGUCUCCAUGAAUCAUUUGAGAGUCCUGAAGAACUUGUGAUGAUUUAUGACUUUAAUUCAGGCGUGGACAUUUUUGAACGCAUUGCAUCACCUGACUUUGAGCUCACUGAACGAGUCAUAGUAAAAUACAUUAAACAAGUAUGUGAAGCCCUUGCAUUCCUACACAGCAAGAGUUUUGGCCAUUUUGACAUAAAGCCUGAAAACAUUGUCUACACCACAAGAAAGGGCACUAACAUCAAGAUCAUUGAGAUGGGUCAGGCAAGACAUCUGACACCUGGAGACAGUGUCAAAAUUCAGUUUACAACACCUGAAUACUGCGCUCCCGAAAUCCACCAACAUGACCUAGUUAGUACUGUCACUGACAUGUGGUCAGUUGGUGUGCUAGCAUAUGUGCUUAUUAGUGGGCUUAAUCCAUUUACAGCUGAAACUAAUCAGCAGGUCAUUGAUAACAUCUCCAAUGCAGAAUACAGUUUUGAUGAUGAAGCCUUCAAGAAAGUCAGACUUGAUGCCUUAGACUUUGUGGACCGGCUGCUGACUAAAGACCGCAAGCAUCGCAUGACAGCAGCUGAAGCUCUUGAGCAUCCUUGGCUAAAAACUGAACCCGAACAACUUAGCAACACAGCUAUUAAAACUACAAGACAUACCAGAUACUAUCAGACAGUAGUCAAGAAAGAAUGGAAUGUUGUUGUUUCGGCAGCUCGUGUAGCUAAUGGUGGUGCUAUCAGAAGUCAGAGAGGGGUCACAGUUAGCAAGGCAAAGAUUGCACCAUUUGAACAUGGUCCCAUUGCUGGUCAGAUCAAACAUAACAUUACAGAGGAAGGCGAUGAUGCCAAAUUUGUCUGCUAUAUUGAAAACUAUGACAGCAGUACUGAGGUAACUUGGUACUGUGGAGUUAGACAACUGGAGGAAAAUGACAAGUAUGAAAUCAGUUAUGAAGAUGGAUUAGCCAUCUUAUCUGUCAGAGGAGUUAACCGAGCUGAUGAUGGCACCUACAGGUGUAAAGUUGUUAAUGAGUGUGGUGAGGAUAGUGCUUAUGCAGAGCUGUUUGUCCAAGGAGUCAGGUCAUACCAGGACUACUUUUUUGCACGCCCCGUGAAGAAAGUGAAACGCAGAGUAGAUACAACUAGACUUCUUCAAAAACCACCUGAAUUUACUUUCCCUCUGAUCAGCCAAAGUGCACAUAUCGCUGAAGAUGUGCGUUUUGGAGUCACUAUAACAGUUCACCCAGAGCCUCGUGUUCUGUGGUUGAAAUCUGGACAAAAGAUUACACCAGGAGAUGAUGACAGGAAAUACAUUUUCACAAGUGAUAAGGGUCUCUAUCAGCUUGUUAUUCGUAAUAUUGAGCCUGAGGAUGAUGCAGAAUACACUGUUGUGGCCCGCAACAGAUUUGGUGAAGACAGCUGUAAGGCACGUCUCACAGUAACACCUCGGCCAACUCCUGCGGAUAGUACAAUAAGACCUAUGUUCAAGCGUGUACUUGCUAAUGUAGAGUGCAGAGAGGGCCAAAGUGUCCGCUUUGAAGUGAGAGUGUCAGGGUCACCUAUCUUGAAGUGGGAGAAAGAUGGCACGCCUCUGUCAUUUGGCCCACAGAUUGAGGUUAUUCAUGAAGGCCUGGAUUAUUAUGUCCUGCAUGUUAGAGAUAUUCUUCCAGAAGAUUCAGGUACAUACAGAGUCACAGCUACAAAUUCAGCUGGCUCUGCAAGUUGCCAAGCAACUCUCAGGGUUGAGCGUGUUGCUCAUGUGAAAAAAGAAUAUGAGAGUGAGGCAGAGAAAAAAGAGCGAGUUCAAAAGGUGGAGAUUGACAAGAAGGUGAGGCUUUCACAAAUCCUUUCAGGCACAGAAGUCACUCCACUAACCCCUGUGGCUCAACAGGCAUUGAGAGAGGCAGCAACUAUGUACAAACCAGCACUGACUAAAAAAGACAAAGUUGAAAUGGAGGAUAAAAAAGAAAAAGAAGAAAGGAAGAAGAGAGCAGAGGAAAAGAGGCUUCGCAUGCCAUAUGAUGUCCCACAACCGCGUGUCCGUGCUGCAACUGCCCUAGAGCAAGACAAUGAAAUAAAAUACUUUGUACCACUCUCUGACAUGAAAUGGUACAAAAUACUGCGUGACCAGUAUGAAAUGCCAGAGCGCAUGGAAAAACAUCCACAGAAACGCCCGAAACGCAUUCGCCUCUCUAGAUGGGACAAAUUCUAUGAGGUGCCUCAACCAAGAAUCAAAACCUUUUAUAAGUCUAGGCACAUUCCAAAGACAUCUCAGGAUGAUAUUGAAACAGUAAGACCAGCAAGAUACCGUGCACCGUCUCCUGAGUCUGAGGCUUUCUAUCGACCAAGAAGAAGGUCACUUGGUGACCUGUCAGAUGAAGAGCUGCUCCUCCCAGUCCGUGACUAUUUAUCAAUGAAGAAGACUGAAGAAGAGAGGCUUCGACUUGAAGAUGAACUUCAGCUUGGCUUUUCUGCAUCUCCACCUAGUCUCAGUCCUGUGCGUUUUGAACUUUCCCCACUGCGACAUACACCACCAAAGCGAAGGGUAUAUGAUGAGGAAGAGGAAGAGGAGGAAGUAAAAUUGUAUGACUCCUACCGUAUUCCAUCCAAAUUUGAAGCCGGUCCAAGCUUCAUUGAUCUCCGCCAACGAUAUGAGAGGAUUACAUACAGACCUCCGAAACAAAAACAAAGAGUGCAUGCAGAGAGAGAAGAUCAUGAAAUUCUUUGUCCUGUAGCCACAACACAGAAGCUAUCUUCUUAUCAAAGUAAACUGAAAUGCAUAGAAGCAGAAGAGAAAACUAGAGUUUUGAAGAAAGAACAAAGAGUACAAGUUUCAUCAGUAAUAUCAGAGGGGGUGGAAGCGAGUAUUACACCUUCUGUAUUUACCCCAGAAGCUCGGCCUGUGUUUGUGCCACACAGAAGGUCUCCCACCCCUGAAGAAGCACCAAUUUGCCCCCCUAGUCCAGUUAUAUCUGACAGUAGACUCACUAAAGUCGAGGGGCCCACAAAAGCUGACAUCAUGUCCAGAUAUGAGGCAAGAAAAGCAGCCCUGAAAUCUGAAAGAAAAUAUGAGGUUGUGACUCAGCAACCCUUCAGCCUUGACCAUGCCCCACGGGUAACUGUGAGGAUGCGCUCACACCGCGUACCUGUUGGCCAGAACACCAAAUUUACCCUGAAUGUUCAGGCCAAGCCAGAUGCUGAAUUCAAGUGGUACCACAAUGGACAAGAAAUUCAUGAGGGCAAAAAAUUCCAGUUCAGCAACAUCAGUGGGGUUUUGUCACUUCAUAUUUUUGACUGCCAGGCAGAGGAUAGUGGAACAUAUCGUGUUGUUUGUAGAAACGUGAAGGGAGAAGCCUCUGACUAUGCCACUCUAGAUGUUUCAGGAGUGGGCUUUACUACAAUAUCUUCUCUUCGCAAAGAAGAAGAGCCCCCCACACCUUAUAUUCCUGAAAUGACAAAGACUGACGUGUCCUCCUUGAAAGCAGCUUCGACAUCUGAAACACACAUGGAAGUAACUGAACUCCAUGAACACGUCCAAUAUGAAGAGCGUAAAUCUACUGAAAAAACAGAGGUGACAACAGUGAAAGAACUGACUGUCUGUGAGGAAAUGCUGGUGGAAGCUGUAGAGGUCACAGCAGUGCAGGAAAUUAUAGUGCAGGAGGAAGUGAAAACCACUUUACCUGCCAGAAUAUUGGUAAAACCACAGUCUCUUACUGUAUCUGAAGGAGAAUAUGCUAAGUUUAUAUGUGAUUUUGAUGGUGAUCCAACACCCAGUGUGACAUGGGCACGUGAAGGACAGGUUAUUGUUUCUAGGCAUCGUCACCAUGUGAGUACAACAGAUAACAAGUCCACCUUAGAUAUUUCUUCUGUUAAUACAUUAGAUGAAGGCAGCUAUACUGUGUUUGUAGAGAAUUCUGAGGGCCAUCAAGAGGCACAGUUCAGCCUCACAGUCCGCAAGGCAACACCGAAAGAGACGGCUAUUGCAUCACCACCUAAAGUAAAGUCACCUGAGCCCAGAGUAAAAUCUCCCUUUGCUAAGUCCCCAGAGCCUCGUAUUAGGUCACCUAUAGGAAUAAAAUCACCACCUAAGGUGAAGUCACCUGAGCCUAGAGUAAAAUCGCCGGUGUCUCCAGGUGCUAAAUCCCCAGAGCUUCGAGGAAAAUCACCCACAGAAAUUAAAUUAUCACCCAUGGUAAAGUCUGUUGAACCCAGAUUGAAAUCUGCAUUGUCACCUGAACCUCAUAUCAAGUCCCCUAUGGUGAAGUCACCAGAGCCUAGGGUGACAUCUCCAGUAUCUCCAGGUUCCAAGACCCCAGAGUCUCGAAUUAAAUCACCUGAAGCAAUCCAGUCCUUUAAAGGAAGUAGAUCUCCUGAGCCCACGGCCUCUCCACAGAGAGUUAAAUCCCCCCUAGGAGUUAAGUCACCAACUCCAAGGAAGGCUUCUGAAACAAAGCCAGACUUCUCAGUUGGUCUCAGUGAUGUUACAGCACAUCUAGAUACAAUUGUAAAGCUGACAGUGAAAGCAACAGGAGAUCCUGCACCAGAAUUCUGCUGGAUAAAAGGAAAUCAGGUGCUUUUGCAAGGUGGAAGAUAUGAGAUAUAUGAAGAGGGUGGAUGUGCACACCUGGAGAUUUAUGAGUCUGUGGUUUCUGAUAGUGGAGUGUACAAAUGCAUUGCAAAGAAUACUGCUGGAUCUUCUACAACAAGCUGUCGUGUAACCAUCCAAGCUCUCCUUGAACCUGAAACUCUUUCUACUGAAAGCCAAGACAUCUUAGCCAAAGGUGUGACAGAAAUUCAUCAUGAGGAAGUCCACACAUCCAUGUCUGACAAACUCACCAGUAUAUCAGUCACACAGGAAGGUUUCUCUGCAAUGGCGACACGGCGGAUUGCUUCCAUGCAGGAGGUUGGCUUCAGCAGCACCAGCAUGGCUGAGGCUACAUGUGAAUCCAUAUCUUGUACCACUGUGUCCUCUAUAUCAUCAAGGUCUAUAACAGCAAAGACUGAGAAAAUGGCCAGCCAUACAUUUACAUCACAGUGUCUUCAAGGUGCGCCACCUAAAAUCGAAGCUCUACCUGAAGACAUAUGCAUAGAAGAGGGCAAGGUCCUAAUGGUGGCCUGUGCUUUCUCAGGGAUGCCCGUGGAUAUUGAAUGGUCCCAUUUGGGUAAAACGCUGUUGAAAGAUGAGCAGAGCAGCAGAUUCCACAUUGAAACUACUGAGGACCUUACCACCCUCAUUAUCAGUGGUGUCAAAGAGAAAGAUGCUGGGCCUUAUACCUUAAAACUGACUAACGAGCUUGGGUCAGACACUGCCACUGUCCACAUCAGCAUUCGAUCAAUGUAAACACAUACUGUCUUUAAGCUUGCCAUCCUUCCUUCAUCCAUCCCCAGGCAUCCAUCGUUCCUCCACAUCUAUAACCGCUUGUCUGAUCAAGGCUGUGGUUUUUCUCCAUCAUUUCCUCAUUUAUUAAAUGAGCAAAAAGUGUUUUAAAUAAUUGACUUAUUGUAAAUAUGAAAUAUUUUUAUAACAAAUUUGACAAUAAUUUAUGCCAAAUUAGACUAAAAUGUAAGAUGUUAAAAUGUGCCAUUUUGGGUAACUGACUUUCGAUUGAUUAUUGGGCCACUUCUCUGUAACAUGUACAUAAUGUAUAUAGCCGAAUUUACCGGUUAUGGAAAAUGUAUACGUUGUUAUUUAUGGAAAUAUUAACUUAAAGAAGUGGAACUAGAUGUUUAACAGGAGAAAGUUUUUUUUAAAAAAAAAAAAAAAAAAACGAAUACCCUGAAAAACUUGAAACUAAACUCUGUGCCUCAACAGUACGUUGAUGACAAGACUGCCUCAGCGGGUAGAUGCUUCCCUGUUGAUGUUUUUUUCUAGAAUAGUAGAAAUUUGCACUGUAUGACCACACGUGCAAUAAGUUUCACCUUACUCACAUGAAUUCUUUUCAUGAUCAUAAGACCUUGAGUGCAGUUUGUACACCCUCACGCAAGCUGUCCAACUAGGUCUCAUGUUCAGACAGACGAUGUCACUACAGGAUUUUAUGGAAACGCCCACAGUGCGAGCGGCCUGCACUUUGUGAGCGAUAUUGUUUUAUGUGCAUUGUUUCUGGUAGUGGACUGCUUGACUGGACCUGAGAGAUGAACAUUGCCUGGCCUUUACCUCACUCAGGCCAUUCAAGUACUUCUCUGCAGAAACAGGGCCAUCUCUUGGAGGAUUGCUUGGGUGCAUUGUGGUUGUAUGUGUGGGUGUGCGCGUGCGUUUGUGUGUCUAAGUGUGUUCGCUUUUAGGAUUUCACAUUGUCCUUAGUCAGGGCACCUACCAAGCAAUUGUACCACAGUGUAUCACAAUUUGUCAGAAACCAAAUGCAUUAACUGCAUGUCCUAAACUUUGGUUUAAUUGAAUUUAUUAAUGUAGCUUUAUCUAUAAGAUCAACCUCCUUGAGUUUUAUUAAUUGAUUAAAUAAAGCAUGAUUUCAGCACCUCAAAA